GACUGACCGGCAGACAGGUAGGUUGUAAUGUACCUCACUGUCUCAUCUCACUUUGUUUGAAUUGGGGCUGGGUAGGGUCCUGGCCGGAAGUGACGUCACGAUUCACCUGCUGGGAUCCAGGCAUCGACCAUGGGCAGAGAGAGAGCGAUAGAUAGAUAGAGCUCGAGACACAUUGCGCUCGCGCUCUCACUCUACCAGCGGCGCACGCGGAUUAAUAACCGUUGGAAGGCAGCGCGAGGACAGGCAGUGCGGGUUGCCAGGUGACCGCGCGGGGGAGAGCGCUCCGUUAUUAUUAUAGUAUUAUUAUUAUCACCAUUGGUGUUAUAACCGACCGACCGGGAGAGGGAUACACCCAGCCAGGAGCCGCUCCUUCACCGAUACCGGGCUAUCCAGGAUGGCGCUGCCAGCCUCCGCUCUGCUGCUGAUUGUCAGCCUCGGUAAGUACUGUCUGCACGGACACCGGGCACCGCAAGGUGAGGGGGAGGUGGGGCCGGGCACUGCACCAGCUCGGCUGCUGUCAUGGGAGUUGUAACUGUUCAUCAGUAGCUGGGGAUCCUGGGAGUUGAGUUGCUCAGUAGCUCUGGGAGCUGAGUAGCUGGGGGAUCCUGGAGCUGCUCAGUAGCUGGGAUCCUGAGGUGCUCAGUAGCUGGGGAUCCUGGGAGUUGGGGCUGCUCAGUAGCUGGGAUCCUGGGAGUUGGAGUGCUCAGUAGCUGGGGGAUCCUGGGAGAUCCUGGGAGUUGCUCAGUAGCUGGGGAUCCUGGGAGUUGGAGUUGCUCAGUAGCUGGGGAUCCUGGGAGUUGGAGUUGCUCAGUAGCUGGGGGAUCCUGGGAGUUGGAGUUGCUCAGUAGCUGGGGGAUCCUGGGAGUUGAGUUGCUCAGUAGCUGGGGGGAUCCUGGGAGUUGGAGUUGCUCAGUAGCUGGGGGAUCCUGGGAGUUGGAGUUGCUCAGUAGCUGGGGAUCCUGGGAGUUGAGUUGCUCAGUAGCUGGGAGGGAGUUGCUCUGUAGCUGGGGGAUCUGGGAGUUGGAGUUGCUCAGUAGCUGGGAUCCUGGGAGUUGGUCAGUAGCUGGGGGAUCAGUGGAGUUGCUGCAGCUGGGAUCCUGCUGGUAGCUGGGGGAAUGCUCAGUAGCUGCUCAGUAGCUCAGUAGGGGGAUCCUGGGGUGGAGUUGCUCAGUAGCUGGGGGAUCCUGGGAGUUGGAGUUGCUCAGUAGCUGGGGGGAUCCUGGGAGUUGGGUUGCUCAGUAGCUGGGGAUCCUGGGGUUGGAGUUGCUCAGCUGGGGGAUCCUGGGAGCUGGAGCUGCUCAGUAGCCUGGGAGCUGGGAGGAGUUGCUCAGUAGCUGGGGGAUCCUGGGAGCUGGAGUUGCUCAGUAGCUGGGAUCCUGGGAGUUGGAGUUGCUCAGUAGCUGGGAUCCUGGGAGUUGGAGUUGCUCAGUAGCUGGGAUCCUGGAGCUGGAGUUGCUCAGCAGCUGGGGAUCCUGGGAGCUGGAGUUGCUCAGUAGCUGGGGGAUCCUGGGAGCUGGAGUUGCUCAGUAGCUGGGGGAUCCUGGGAGUUGGAGUUGCUCAGUAGCUGGGGGAUCCUGCUCAGUAGCUGGGAUCCUGGGAGCUGGCUGCUGGGAAGGAUCCUGGGAGUUGGAGUUGCUCAGUAGCUGGGGGGGAUCCUGGGAGUUGGAGUUGCUCAGUAGCUGGGGGGAUCCUGGGAGUUGGAGUUGCUCAGUAGCUGGGAUCCUGGGAGUUGGAGUUGCUCAGUAGCUGGGAUCCUGGGAGCUGGAGUUGCUCAGUAGCUGGGGGAUCCUGGGAGUUGGAGUUGCUCAGUAGCUGGGGGGGGGGGAUCCUGGGAGUUGGAGUUGAUGUACCUGUUGGCCAAGUACUUCCUGCAUGAUUGGCUCUGGGCGCACAUGACCACCUAGUUCAUUAGCUUCCAACCACCCAGUCCUUGUUAGACUACCAUUACUCUCAGCCAGCCUGCUGAUAAGCUGUUCAUAGUCGCCUAGUGCCAACACCCAUUGCACUCAGAGCAAACCCAGCUCUUAGCACAGUUACUGGACACUAAAUACACCAUCUACAUCUCAUCCAAAUACACCAUCUACAUUUUAUCCAUGGUACUCUUGGUUUUUAGAAUGAUUUAUGUAUGAUGUUUCUAAGAAAAUAAUUACUGUCAGUAAAUUAUACUAACCAGAAAUGACCCUUCAUUAUUCGCAUUACACUAAAGUGGCCGCCAGCAGGUUGGGUCCCCCAACCCCCACCCCUUCGCAAUGUUAAAGAACUGUAACUCACAUGAGGCUCUACUAGCAGAGAAACAUAGGAGUUAUAGGUCAGUAAAGCUGGGGAGGAGUACUGUCAGUGAGUGUAUGUGGAUUAUUCAAGCCCUGUAGGAGUAAAUAUAGAGGUAUUGAUGUAUUAUUACAUUACCUCCUGGCACUCAAAGGUGGAAAAUAAUUUCUAUUUUAAUGUGCACCCAGUAUACAAAUAGUUAACACAAGACUACUGAUUAACCAGGUAAGUGCAAGAGACAUGCAUGCUGCCUUCUGUCCCAUGGGGCACACAUUAAAGAGUUGUUUUCUUUAACCCUGAUGUCAUGGCAUGUGAACCUGGAUGCCCACAUACCUCCCCCAUCCCCCCACAUGAGCUGCUCCUGCUGUUGGAGGGUUAAGUCAAUCAGUGGGACAAUGUAGUGGGGGAAGGUAACUAAGGUUUUAUCCCAUCAGGAAAGCAAGGGGUGGGGGCUUGCACCGUUUUCCGAGUUUUUAUCCCAUUAGGAAAGAAAGUGGGGGCUUGCACAAUGUGCUGAAUUCGAGAAGUGUGAUCUAUUAGUCACAAAUCCUCCACAAAACUAUUGGAGAAAACUUUUUGUUGAUCUUCAUUAGAUAAGAUGACCUGUAAUCUACAGUUUUGAAACUGUCUAGUAAUCCCAUAAUUUAGCUUUUACGUAAUCGGGGAAGUUUUGGCUCAGAUUCCUAACUGGAGAGUCAACACAUUUUCAUCAUCCUUGAAAAUAAUUCAUUGUAAGUAACUUUCCUUCAGUCCCAAUUUACACAUUUUACUUAUCUGUAUGGUUAAUUUAGCCAUAAAUACAGUCAGCAAAUAUUAAAAUAUUUCAUGACUUUAUAAAUUUGAGCUGCUCUCAACAUUCCAGAAAUGCAUAAUAAAUGUUCUUAUCCCUGACAAUGAAUCAAUUGGUAAUAGUCAUUGACAAAGAUGAAGCCUUCUUGAAGGGCAGUUUUUAACUUGUCCAAUCCAUUGAAGUGGUUAGGGUGCCUACAGUGUUUCUUUUAACUUUUUUAUUAAAUAGCAGACAAGGGACUGCCAUUAAUUGUAGUGUAAUCUGCUCAUUUUCUGGUUACUGACCUCAAUUUACAUUUUAGUUGUGGUUCUGGUAUAUUUCAUAGUUAGUGUGAUUUGUUAGGAACUCUAAAUGAUUUCAUAGGGAAUUUUAAAAUGUAAGUUCAAAGUAGUUGAACUCGAAACCUUGCCGACAAGGAGAAUUUGACCAGUUUGGCUAUUUUGGGCCUUACAUUUUGAGAUUCACCCUGAAUUCACAUUUCAUUAACAAUUCUCACGUUGGUAAAUUACUCUGAUGAAAUACUCAGAUUUUCUUUCAUGGUAGUUUUAGUUGCAGGCAAGGCUGUAUGUUUUGGAAUGUGCGUUUACUCCUCCUUUAGUUUGCCCUUUGUACUCUUCUUCUGAUGAGUGUGUGGUAUCUGUUGACUUUCAAUCUGCAGAACAUGCUAUUUCCAGCUGACAAACUUCAGUGCAGGUUCCUUAUCAGCACACUAUUGUAAACUCUGAUAUGCAUGUACUGUCUGGAAUCCCAUUUUCCUACUUAGAUUUUGUGUGCCAGCAACAUUUAAAGAAAUACUCUAAGCAAAGUUUUACUAACUUUUUUACAUUUAAUGUAUCACAUAAUUCUGCAUUCCAGUGUCAGAUGUGCUCUCCAUUGAAAUAGGGAAGGCUUUCUGCAGUGACUACAGCCAUUCUGACCUGACAAAUCGCUGUUGACAGAAAGGGCUGCAGCAGUUUAGCGAUGCUGAAUGAAUCAGAUGUUCCCAUAACUCAGCUCUGUGAGCCUAUCAUUGCAUAUUUGGACAAAUAAUGAGGAAGUGGAAUGCUUUAUGAUGUAGUCCUAAACUGGUUAACAUUGUUUGUUUAACUGUGCAGUGACUCCCACAACAGUUUAUUUGCUAUAUACUGUAUAAGAAGGGGUGAGGAUUUUACGUUCUCCCCUCUGUCCUACACAUUUCUGCAUGAUGUACUAAACGCUCACAGUGAAAUAGUUUAAUUAGUGAGGAGGAGAAAUCUGACAGGGUUAUUCAUUAAAUUGUUGUGAUUUAAAAUUUAGGUCUUAAUAACCUAAGUGAAAACCCUUUCCAAGUCUGCAUUGUUUAAAUUUGACCUAAGUUUGACAUUUCCUUGUAGUUCCUUACCAGUUUAUACCUUCACUGUUAAACUUUGCAUUAAAACCAAAUGUAUAAUUGAUGACUGCUUGUGCCACUUUUGUCUCUUUGAAAUUUUUUGUUGGUGCUACACUAUAUUCCUUUUUUUUUCUCUUUGAAACCAACCAAUUGUACAGCGCUGUGGAAUUUGUUGGCACUUUAAUAAUAAGGCUAUGUACUAACGUGAAAAUUGUCAGAAUUUUCAAAGUGACAAACUCCACGUCACCUGUGCUUUCAGUUUGGCUUUAAAGAGUUACUUUGUGCACAGGACCACUUUAGUGAUUUGAAGUGGUCAUGGUGCUUGAAGUUUCUAUGUGCAGCACUUUGCUAUGAAGCACUGCACAGACAGUUUAAACCCUUUAUUGCUGGAGGUCUAACUCCACCUCAGGCAGCAUCAUUAGGGCAUCAUUAACCAGCCCGGAAAUGAGUUCAAUGUUCUAUUUCUAAGCACAGUGUUGCAUUAAUUGGCUGAGAGCUAUCUGCUUACCCUUUCAGCCAAUAACUAGCUGGCAGCAUCUGCAUCUGGCCUUUUCAGUUCUGCAGAAACUUGAUACACGCAACAUACAGCAAGAGAGCAUCCUUUGCAUUUGGUAGAAGCAGAUAAGUUGGCAAACCUUGCCCCUUAACCGGGGCCAGGGUACACCUUCCAUCAUAACUACUCAAGCAGGCUGAAGUGGUUAUGCUGCUUGGCGGACUUAUGGCUAGAGUUUUAGAAGGAUUUUAAAUUGGAUUUGUGGGGUGUAUUGCAACAUAUACAGUUGUUGCUAGUAUAGGUUUUAAGAAAACAACUUUUUUAGGAAAAACUGACUGAACAAUCUGGUGAUUACCAGAUUAAUCUCCUUAAAACCCAGGUUUUAAGGAGUUUAAUCUAGAAGUAACCAACUAAUUUUUUUUAAUUUUUUUUUUUUUAUAACAAAACCUCAACUCUUUCCUGUGUGCGAGGGAGCACAAUCUAAAGUAGACGUGGUGACUGUAUCAGCUUGGUAAUUAUAGACCUGUGAGUUUUUGUUGUGGGGAAAUUUAUUUUAAAUGCGAUUGGAAAAAAUGUUCAGGAACACAUUUUGAAUAAAAGUAUGAGUAGACGUGAUUUUUAUUUGGGGCAGAUCAUGGCAAACUGAAAUCUUAAGCCACAAUGGCCUUAUUGGGAAAAUGAUACCAGCCUUGUUUGCCUUUCAUUUAAACUGUAUUUCUCACAAUUCCCAUUUUAAUGAAUAAUGCUAAAAAAAUAAUUUUGCUGUAUUUAAUGAAUAAUGCUUAAAGAUGACAAGGAGAAUUUGUCAACUUAAAAUUCUCAAACUGAAAAAAAACUAUUACUGGUAUUUAUAAAGAUCCAACAGAUUCCGCAGCGCUGUACAAGAAUUUACAAUAAACACAGACCCAUACAAAAGGUAGAAAGUCCUACCCGUAAGCUCAGAUCUAGCCAUUUAAGCUCUUUUAUACAAAGUGCUUUACUAGAUAGCCCGUAAGCUUACAAUCUAAAGGAUACCAUGGGGAUUUAAGAGAAGAGGUAGCAGUGGAAAUUUGGAAGUGAUGGCUAAAAAAGUAGAGUUGCAGCUAUUGACAAAAUAUAAAGUGAAUGAAGAGGUAAUUGAGUGAGAAUCAGGAAUACCCCUGGGCUCUUUCGCUAACAUCCCAGUGAUCUUUUGCACAGUAAAAAAGUUUUGUUCUCUUCCCAACUGCACUACAUUUUGUUGUCUGGCUUGUCACCCCCAAAUAACUUUUAGGUUUCCCAUUUAACUUUUUUUUUUUUCAAACAUCUUUUUCUUGUCCAGAUCUAGGUCCUAGGCGCCGCCAUCUUAGUGUUCUCAAAUAGAGGGAACAUAUGCCGUGCAUUCCCGGUUGCAGACAUGGGAAUUCGCUAUUGUUCGAAAUUCGGAUGGGAAUUUUGGAUAGAUGUUUAUUCGUCAAAAAAUCGAAUGAACAAAUAGAAAUUCCAAAGACCGAAUUGCAUUUUGGUCUUCAUUUGUUCAGUUUAGAACAAAGCGGGAGCUACCGGCUCGUGGCUCCCUCCUUGUAAUAUGUAAAACUAGUAGUGGCAGGGAGCUGUGCUCCCUGACACUUCUUGACCCUCAUUAGCAUUAGGGAUGUUAAAUUCUCGCUUCUGGCCAUGUGGCUGUAAUAUAUGUAUGCAAUUUAAUAAAAGGGGUUCUAUUAGCGGCAGGUGGGGUCCUAGACUACAAUGGGGGUCCCUCUCAGCCUCCAUCCACUAGUGGGAGUCCUAACUGAUAAUGCGGGGUGUCCCUGCUACCCACUCACGGCAGGUGGGGGCUCUAAGUCAAGGGGGGGGGUCCUGUGUCUGCACACAUUAGCAGGCUGUGUGGAUAUGAAGCGAUAAGGUGGGGACAAUAUGUUGUAGUUGUUCUGGUGACUAUAGUGUCCUUUUUAAGUCGGCUUUUUAUUACUUUAUUAUUUUUUUUUAUUUUUUUUUCAAGUUGAAAUUGAGAGGAGACUUAAUUCCUACACCCCUUAGAUAUGUCUGUUAGUGCAUUAAUAACAUAUCCUAAGUCUCUAAUUUUAACAUUUAUAGACAUUUACCAUAAAUUCCUCCUGUGACGAGGCUCUUGGCAGAACCCAGGUAAGUUCUCAAACGGUCUCAUAUGGUUUGACAACUUACCCUUGGAAGGUGCAAAGUGCACUCCUGACAUCAUAACAAAUACAGCCUCCUGUAGUGGUUAUGAUAUGGUGCUUGGAAUGUUCUUUUCAGAUUAAAUUAUUUUGGUGCUUUGACUGCCCCUUUCCUUAAAAGACCACUAUAGUGCCAGUAAAACAAACUUGUUUUCCUGCCACUAUAGGGUCUUUGGAUCCCCCCACACCCUCAUGGCCCCCCUCCCGUCCGGCUGAAGGGGGAGGAAGGGGUUAAAUUCUUACCUUUCUCCAGCGCCGGGCUUCCUUGGCGCUGGGGACUCUCCUCCCUCUUCUGACGUCAUCUGCCGCAUACGUGGCAAGAGCUGUGCGCGCAUUCAAUCAGUCCAUUGGAAAGCAUUUCUCAAUGCUUACCUAUGGACGGCAGCGUCUUCUCACUGCGAAAAUCACAGUGAGAAGCGCGGAAAUGCCUCUAGCGGCUGUCAAUGAGACCGCUACUAGAGGCUGGAUUAACCCUAUUGUAAACAUGCAGUGCUGAUAGGAUGUCUUACAAUGUGUUUCUCUCUCUGAAACUAUGUUUACAGCUGCAGGGUUAACCCUAAAUGGACCUGGCACCCAGACCACUUCAUUGAGCUGAAGUGGUCUAGGUGCCUAUAGUGGUCCUUUAAUCAAAUGUCAUCAUCUUCUAACAUUUUGUUUUUUCUUUUUGGUAAGCUUGUGGUUGCUCUUUGACGUGCUCUAUAUCUUUUUUAUGUAUUAUCUCUUAAUACUCUUUUUUUUUUUUUUUUCUUCUUCUUCUUCUCGAUCCAAAGGAAGCUUUGUAUUCUUUUUCCUCUCCUAUGAGAUUAGAAAAACUAAAAAUGGGUGUGGAUUUUUUUUUUCUUUUUUCUCAGUCUUGAGAAAAAAACAUUGGGUAUUAGCAUGUGGAUUUUUAUAAACUCUGAAUAGACUGUAACAUGUUUCUUUGUGAUUGUUUUUUUUUUUUGUUUUUUUUUUAUACAUAAUUUUCCAUAGUUGUUUCCUACUGCUCUAGAACCCCUGUUGUGUUUUGUUAGUGCUGAUAGGAUGUCUCACAAUGUGUUUAGUUGUUCAGCGUACCUCUAUAGACCAUAUCAUGUGAACCAUGUUAAAAUGUGGCAUCACAGAAUCUUAACCAAUUGUUCAGUACUGUGAUUGUGUGACUAAAAGUGGUUGCGCACUUGGGAAGACUACACAGUAGCAGAAACUUUGCAUAUACUUUGGGAGGCUUUUGCAUACUUGACAAUGAGGAAAUGAUUGUCAAGAAACAUGUCUACAUUGUUUAAAAAUGUGAACGUAUUUUUAUUUUAUUCUAUCAAAUAAACAUUUGAUAUUUUGGUUUGAUUGCAAGUUUACCAUUAGUAUCUCUAACAUGUGAUUCGCUUGCUGCAUUUCAGUAUUCUUGAUUUGUUUGCAGAAUGGUAAUAGUUACUUCUUUCAUGUAUCAAUUUGUUCAAAUUUCUGAAAUGAUUGUCACUGUGUUCUGUUCAGUGAACUAAAAAAAUUCACUGCAUUCUCUAACCCUUCCAUGAAAUGCAACAGUUGGCACACGAUAUAGCAUGAUUGUGUGCUGGGCUUUGUUAUUAAUAAAACGUAUGGCUUUGUUCAAGGGGCAUACCAGGCUUGCAUUGACCUAUUUUAUGUAUUUACAGAUAAAACGCUAAAAUGUGCCAACAAAUGUACAUUCAAUAAAAAGAUACUUGCCUUUUAAACAAACCCUUCAAACAUGUCUAGGUGCCCCUAUAAACCCCAAGGUAAGUAGUGGAAUUGUUAAGUAAGAGUUUGACUGUUUCCAACAGUGGAACCCGGAUAAUAAGUACACAUUUUUAGAAAGUGGUUUGACUACUUGCAUUGGGAGUGUAUCAGGGCAUUGUUGGCACCAUAACUACUACAGCAAGUAUUCCUGGUAAAUUAAUGAGUGCUGCAAAUUCCGUAUUCUAAACUGUGCCCAUACUUGGAAGUAGCUGGCAUCUGUUGGACAAUACUAGCUGUCCCACUGGAUUACCAGGAGCGCUGAGUAAAUCUUAAAUUUUUUUUCCUUCGCUGCAGUGGUUUAUUUGAUCUUUAUUUCAGCACUUCGCUUCUGUUCGAGCCACUCUGAGACAUGGAACUUUGUAUGUCAUACAUUUGCUCAGUUGACACAUGUGACAAAAUGCCUUUUUGUCCCUGGAUUGUUAGGUGACAAGCUGCCCUUUGGCCCCGGCUUUUGGAGGAACCUGAUUGCCAGCCUCCUUCCUCAUGACUAUGGCCCUGGGGUGUAUUGCCAUUUAAAAAGACUAUUUGGGGCUUAUUGGCUUCUAAAGACAGUUUCUUCCCAUGUGAAUCCAUGGGAAGGUGUGAUUCUUCCCCACCCCCAUUUCCUGUCUAUUGUUCUCCAGCAGGGCGUUGUCCCAGGCACACUGCCAAACUAGUUGGAACUGACUGCUUUUGUCCCUCCUUGGUUUCUCAACAGCCCUUGCUAUGCUUUACCCCGUGGAAAAUCUACUCUGUUCAUGGGAUGUGAGCGCUGUUCACCUAGAUUGGGCGCUCAGAUCCGAGCUAUCUGGGGAUAGGUUAAAUGUGGGGGUUCUGUAUAAUAAAAUAAGAAUUAUGUAUUUUUAUUUACUUUUACGUAUUUUGCUGUUGGUGUUAAAUGUAGAUAUUUUCUGUACCUGGAGAUAAUUGAGUUUACUGCAGUGCCUUAAGCCAAUUAUCUCCAGGAUGGAGAGGAGGGAUUUCAUUGUGUAUGUGAGAGUGUUAUCAUGUUAAUUAGUGUUCCCAUUGAUUUGUGUCCCUUUUGUCACAGUUUACCACCAGGUCCAGGGGGUGUGCCUCUGACCUGAAAACUUGUGUAUAUAAGGAGUAAUAAACGCUCAUUGGAGUCAGAUCAUCUUGUACCUUCAUGAAGUUUCGGCUCAAGUUUGGGGGAUUGGAGAAACUACACUCUGGGGAUUGCUAUAAUCAUUGCAAGGACACUCAAAAGCCUGCCAUCCAUGGAUUCUGUCAGUGUUUUGAUCUGUUCACCAUCAACAUUGCGUGCAGCAGCAACCACAGCCUCCCAGACACUGUUCAGAGAGGUGUACUGUUUUCCCUCCUUGUAAAUCUCACAUUUGAUGAUGGACCACAGGUUCUCAAUGGGGUUCAGAUCAGGUGAACAAGGAGGCCAUGUCAUUAGAUUUUUCUUCUUUUAUACCCUUUCUUGCCAGCCACGCUGUGGAGUACUUGGACGCGUGUGAUGGAGCAUUGUCCUGCAUGAAAAUCAUGUUUUUCUUGAAGGAUGCAGACUUCUUCCUGUACCACUGCUUGAAGAAGGUGUCUUCCAGGAACUGGCAGUAGGACUGGGAGUUGAGCUUGACUCCAUCCUCAACCCGAAAAGGCCCCACAAGCUCAUCUUUGAUGAUACCAGCCCAAACCAGUACUCCACCUCCACCUUGCUGGCGUCUGAGUCGGACUGGAGCUCUCUGCCCUUUACCAAUCCAGCCACGGGCCCAUCCAUCUGGCCCAUCAAGACUCACUCUCAUUUCAUCAGUCCAUAAAACCUUAGAAAAAUCAGUCUUGAGAUAUUUCUUGGCCCAGUCUUGACGUUUCAGCUUGUGUGUCUUGUUCAGUGGUGGUCGUCUUUCAGCCUUUCUUACCUUGGCCAUGUCUCUGAGUAUUGCACACCUUGUGCUUUUGGGCACUCCAGUGAUGUUGCAGCUCUGAAAUAUGGCCAAACUGGUGGCAAGUGGCAUCGUGGCAGCUGCACGCUUGACUUUUCUCAGUUCAUGGGCAGUUAUUUUGCGCCUUGGUUUUUCCACACGCUUCUUGCGACCCUGUUGACUAUUUUGAAUGAAACGCUUGAUUGUUCGAUGAUCACGCUUCAGAAGCUUUGCAAUUUUAAGAGUGCUGCAUCCCUCUGAUAUCUCACUAUUUUUGACUUUUCUGAGCCUGUCAAGUCCUUCUUUUGACCCAUUUUGCCAAAGGAAAGGAAGUUGCCUAAUAAUUAUGCACACCUGAUAUAGGGUGUUGAUGUCAUUAGACCACACCCCUUCUCAUUACAGAGAUGCACAUCACCUAAUAUGCUUAAUUGGUAGUAGGCUUUCGAGCCUAUACAGCUUGGAGUAAGACAACAUGCAUAAAGAGGAUGAUGUGGUCAAAAUACUCAUUUGCCUAAUAAUUCUGCACUCCCUGUAUGAGGAGAUGCUGACUGGUGCAGUGUGAUGUUUUGCUGCGCAUGCGCAAUAGCCUCCCAGUACUUUCCUAUGUGAAAUCAUUUGAUUCGCUGAGAUUAAGAUUGAUGAUGUGGUGAGACUGGCAGGAGAAAAGUUAAGAGAGGGUCCGGAAACUAUAGUUUGUUUUCCUGACUAUAGGAGAGCAAAAAAUGGGUCGCAAGAGUAUUCUGAGGACAGACAGUAGCUAAAAUAGCCUGCUCUUCGGUGGGUCCCCGCUCAGAACUCAAGCUGGUUUUAGCUCAUCUUGUGCCAUUACAGAGAGAACAUAUCUGAAGCAUAUCAGACUGGUCCCACCCAUACGGGCAGUCCAGAUCCGAAAUGCCAGCAAGUUCUCUCUGCACGAGAGAUACAGCAACCCCAGACGAUCGUUUCAGCCUUGUUAGGCAUCGUCAGUGAGUCAUAGCUGAUAUCUCUCUAGGCACCGUGAGCAAGGGGUCCACGUCUGGAUUACCCUUUAAACUAAUGGAGAGCAAAAAAUGGGAUGGACAGCAGCUAAAAUAGCCUGCCCUUCGGUGGGUCCCCGCUCAGAAUACUCUUGCGACCCAUUUUUUGCUCUCCAUUAGUUUAAAGGGUAAUCCAGACAUGGACCCCUUGCUCACGGUGCCUAGAGAGAUAUCCGCUAUGCCUCACAAGGCUGAAACGAUCGUCUGGGGUUGCUGUAUCUCUCGUGCAGAGUGAACUUGCUGGCAUUUCGGAUCUGGACUGCCCGUAUGGGUGGGACCAGUCUGAUAUGCUUCAGAUAUGUUCUCUCUGUAAUGGCACAAGAUGAGCUAAAACCAGCUUGAGUUCUGAGCGGGGACCCACCGAAGGGCAGGCUAUUUUAGCUACUGUCCGUCCUCAGAAUUCUCUUGCGACCCAUUUUUUUUUUUUUUUGCAUUCCUGACUAUAGUGUUCCUUUAGGCACACAAACAUUUUCUUUAAUGGCUUAUUUUUUUUCCAUUUUCAGAGUUACAUUGAAUUCUAUUUUUGACAGCAGAGGGCCCAGGCUUCAGUUUGACAUAGAAUAAUGGCCCAGCACCUAAAGAAUCCUGCAAACUGUUACUACUAUGACUGUAUUGAUUAUAGUACUCAACUUCACUUAUUUGGAAAAACUUUGGUUUUACAAUUAUGGAGUAAUGGGUUUUCUUUUGUUCUUUAUUAGGAUUGCCAACAAGUAGUAUAGCUGCCACCUGGAUUGUGGACAUUUUUAUUUUUUGUUUGAUUUAUCAGCACUCUCCUCUUCCCAGUAUUUGUUUUCUGUUGGAAUGAUAGUGAUAGUUCACCCACUGAUCCAAUGACAUCGGUAUUAAGACACCUUUUAAACAGGAUAACUAAUGAAUCUGUUACAGACAAAUUUUAUGCUGUACAAAUAAGCCCAAAGAAUACUAGACACCAAGUAAUGGCCAUCUGGCAUGAGAUUAUGUACAAGCUCCUCACCGUAAUUUUAUAAAAAUCUGACUGGCAUACGUGAGAUGCAGACAGUAUAGCUAUCAAUCACAAUGUGGAAAGUGUAGAUAGGACAGUUUAUACAAACCAACUUAAAGGAAUACCUAUAGCAUUAGUAAUACACCCAUGUAUUCCUAACACUACCAAUAGGUUGCCCCCUCCAUCCCCUUGCUGUAUUUACAUUACAUCCCGCCUCUUGCUGGUUGUACCAAAGCUCUGUUUUUAUGAGACCAUUUUAUUGAAAUAGCAAUGUUUUACUCAAUUUCAAAACAUUUAGAGUGCUUCUAAUGGCUGCCAUUGGGACAACUAUUAUGGGCAUUUUAAGCCUGCAAUGUAAACAUUGCCUUUCCUGCAGAAUGGCAAUGUUUUCAGUUGCAGGGCUAAAUGACAAGAACAUGGCUCCCAGGCCACUUCAUUGAGAUGAAUUAGUCUAUGUGCCUACAGUGUCCCUUUUUAAAGGGAUGUGGAGUACCAUUACAGCGCACUAUAGUGUUUAUGGUAUCAUGAGUCCUCUGGAAUCAUUGAUACUAUUAAGUGUCAAACCGUUUUCAUGGUCCCUUGGGCAUCCAUGGUCUCUAACUCUUUAUAGAAUGCUUACAAAGUGAACCCAACACUCAUUAUACCUUCUCCCAAUGUGUUCCUGAGAUUUGGAACAGCUGUAAACAUUGCCAAGUGGAAAAAAUUCCUGUGAGUGUAUAUAGUAAAGACUCUUUAGCUUGGCAACCGUCUGCAAGUGUUUAAAAAUAUGAGACGAUUACAUUUUGGAGAUGCGCUGAUCCAGUCGCCUAGUCAAAGUCACUCAGAUCUUUUCGCUUUUCCAUUUUUCCUGCUUACAAAACACAUGACAUUCAACAACUGGCUGAUCACUUGCUGCCUUAUUAUCCCACCCCUUGUCAGGUGCCAUUUUAACAACAUAAUCAAUAUUAUUCACUUCCCCAGUCAGUUAUUUUAAUGUUAUGGCUGUUUUAUGUAUGAUCUAAAGUUAAAAUAACAAAAACAAACAUAACUUAAAAUACUCUGAAAUCCUUCCUUUCUUUUCCAUUUUAUUCUCUGAGCUUCAUCUCAUUUAUACACUAGGAUUGAUUACAAACCGUAGGUCAGGGGUGCACAAAAGGUAGAUCUCCAGAUAUUGUAGAGCUAAAACGCCCAUGAUGCUUUGUCAUUCUGAAGGCAUGCAAAGCAUCUUGGGAGUCAUAGUUCUACAACAUCUGGGGAUCUAACUUUUGGGCACCCCUGGCAAACCUCUCUGUCAGAAGCCACCAUUGGCAUUUAUUUAAUGUCUGUUCACCUCCUUUCAAACAGAAGUCACCAAAAAAAAAAACCUUUAGCUUUAUGAAGCAGUUUUGGUGUAUAGAUCAUGCCCCUGCAGCCUCAUUGCUAGAUUCACUAUUUAAGGGUUAAAUAACUUUGUUUAUACAGCUCUAGCCACAUCUCCCUGCAUCUGGCUUGCACAGCCUUCCUAAACACUUCCUGUAAAGUCAUCUAAUGCUUAUACUUCCUUUUUUGAAAAUUCUGUUUAAGUUGGCAUUUAUUAUCACAUGCUUUGUAAACCGCUUGCUAGACACUGCAAGAGCCAUCUGUACAUAAAGUUCAAUUUACAGAGCAAGAGACAUGUAUUCCUGACACAAUUGUAUUAACAACACAUGUAGGGUCCCCAGCCCCCUUAAAGAAGUCUAAAGCAUAAUUAUUUCAAGAGCUGUGUGAAACAAAAGCCUGCAUGGAUCACCACAUUAAGCUGUAGUUGUUCUGUUGACUCUAGUGUCUUUUUUUCUGAUUGAAAAUGAAACCAUUUUGCUUUCAUGCAGGUGGUGUUGGUCACAGCAAGGGGAGGUGUGGCUGGGGUUGCAUGGACAGAAACAAGUUAUUUAACUCCUAAAUGGCAGUGAAUUGAGCAGUGAGACUUCAGAGACCUGGUCUAUGCACAAAAACUGCUUCAUUAAAGGAACACUAUAGGGUCAAGAAUACCAUCUUCCCCCCUCCUCACGCCUAAAUACAGCUGAAUCUUACCUUUAUUUCCAGUCUGCUGUUGCUGACUUUGCCCCUGAUCUGCCUCCUUGGCUGACCUCAUCAGAAGUGAUGAUCUAAAGCCAAUCACAUUGCUUUCCAAUAGGAUUGGCUGAGAUUGCCAAGGAGGCCGAUCAGGGGCAGAGCCAGCACAAGCCAAACACAGCCCUGGCUAAUCAGCAUCUCCUCCUAGAGAUUCAAAAGGGACACUAUAACCAAGAAAAGAACUACAGCUUAUUGUAUUUGUUCUGGUGAGUAUACUCAGUCCCUUCAAGCUUUUUGCAGUAAACCGUUUUUUUCAGCGAAAAGGCAGUGUUUACAUUUUAGGAAUAUCUCCACUGGCUACUCCUCAGAUGGCUACUAGAGGUGCUUCCUGUGAUAGUGUUGCAAGUGUGACUGACAUUAAUGGAGACAAUAAACUUUCCUCGUAGAGAUGCAUUGACUUGAUACGGAUUGGCUUGGGCUGUGUUUGGCUUGUGCUGGCGCUGCACCUGAUCUGACUCACUCUGCCAAUCCAAUGCUUCCCUAUGUGAAGGCAUUGUGAAUGGCUCAGAACAUUUAUUCUGAUGUCAGCCAAGCAGGCAGAUCAGGUGCAGAACCAGCAGCAGCAGACUGGAAUAAACUUAAGAUUUUGCUAUAUUUGGGGGGAUACAUGUUUGUGUUACUUACUCUAUCGUGUUCCAUUUAAGCUAAAGUUGUUUUGGUGACUAGUGUCCCUUUAGCAGAGCAUAAAAUGUGAAGUUAUGUGUUACUAGCCAGGCCUUAAAAGCUAUAAACCUAUAUGUAAUUUGCUUGUAGGUUUUUAAGGACUCCGAAGGCAUGGCAUAGUACAGCUUACUAAUAAGUGUUAACAGUAUGUCAAAUGAAUGUUGCAUUGAGCACAGUUAAAUCUUAUUUUUGUUCUAUUUAUAUGCUAAUGAUGCAUAUGCUUCAAAUGUUAAAUGGAUCCUAUAGUGCCACGAAUACAAAGCUGUUUAACUGGCACUAUAGGGUUAAUAGGGUUAAUAGGUCCCCCCUCCCUUGUGCCCCCACUCCCAUGGGGCUGGAGGUCCAUUUCGAGGGCAGACUUAGAGCUGUAAUGUAAACAUUGCAGUUUCUCUGGAACUCCAAUGUUUUACAUUGCAGCACUAAGUGCAAAAAGGUCACAGCACCCAGACCACUUCAAUGAGCUGAAGUGGUCCGGGUGCCUACAGUGUCCCUUUAAUAUUCUUUCUAUCAAAAAGUGCUUGGUAAUGAAGGUGUUAACAAUAUACAUGAUUGCUGUACAAUUUCAUUAGGUAAAUCUAAAACUGCAAACAGAUGAAUUUGAACGAAACGGCAUAAAUGUGGCCCUGCUUGAAUUUACAAUCUAGUGGAUGUACACUUAAGCUGGUGCUCAGAUUGUUGGCGCGGUGUGAUCGCAUGGAAUUGUUUUUCAUUGUUCUGUUGCUUGUUACUAAUCUCUGGAGAGCGAGGUCAGCACUGCACUUGUUGCUAAGAAACAUGGAGACAAAUGGAACAUGACUCUGGGAAUUACUGCAAUCCGACUCUGUUCCUCUUACUGGCAAUGUGAACAGGUCUGUCGAAAAACUAAGCCUUUUUCUUUUUUUGUAAAAACAUUUUUUUUUCUUUAAAUGUAAUAUUUUUGUAGUGCAUCGAAACAAUACAUAUAUAUUAACAUCUGUAGCCUGUUGCUGUUCGCUAGAUUGGCAAUACGAGUUGGCUUUUAAAAUAUAGACAAUAACAUAGGUUUAGCUAAACUUGUCAUUUAUCAGGUACAGGUAACUCUGGAAGUAAUGGUGUAGAACGUAGCUGGCUACCCUAUGGAUUAUAAGUAGUCAGGGUUGAUUUUGGGGAAAGAAUUACUGAAAGGGAGUGCCAACUAGUUUACCUCUUUUCCUUUCGUGUCAUGGGUCUAAGCAGGCUACUCUUAUGUAUAUAGAUUACUGUAGUCUGGAGCUGCAGUGUGACGGCACUAGUAAAACAUUAGUAAUUAAACAGUGCUAAAACAGUGUUACAACGUGGUAAGAUGGUGACAAAACAUCUAGACCUCUUAAGCAGCCUAGCUACAGCAGUUGCUCAAUACUAGAACGAUGAGCGCUCUGUGGUCUUGUGGUAGUGUCUCUUUUUUAACUAAUGCCUUCUCAGGGGAUACGGUCUGCACCCGCUGGAGGUCCUCAGGGAGCUGCUGGUGCGUAGGUACUCGUGAGGGUGACCUUCUUGCCCCAGGCUGGUGUGUGGUCCUGCAUCUGUUGGCCACAAACUCGGUCCUUGCUAGAGUCCGAGUUUCCUCCACCUGUGGGAGUAACGGCCUGGUGAUUUGCCUCUGCUUGCGGUGCUUCGGUCUCCGUUGGUGUGGGUGAUGCUGUCUGGUUUUCACCCGCCUAACCUUCAGUCCAGGUGGGCCCUAUAGAGGGGGAGUAAGUGGGUAUAAUGUCGCUGUGCCCAACGACUUCCCCUCACCUCCUGUUGCUCGUGGCUCCACUCAUCCUUAGUCUGUAGAGUGUGCUGUGCGUGCUGGGCUACUUGUUGUUGCUCCCAGAAGUCUAGUCGUUUCAUGGUGUCUUGGUGCAGCCUGUUGUGUGGGAGCAGACUUUGCUCGAGUGUCGCUUUAGCAGCCGCCAUCUUAAAAAUAAGUGAGAAGACGCAAGCGUCCAUAGGAAAGCAUUAUGAAUGCUUUCCUAUGAGACUGGCUGAAUGCAUGCGCAGCUUCUGCCACGCAUGCGCAUUUAGCCGGAGAGGAGGAGGAGAGCUCCCCGCCCGGCGCUGGAAAAAAGGUAAGAUUUAACCCUUUCCUCUCCAUCCAGCCCGGCUGGAGUGGGACCCUGAGGGUGGGGGCACCCUCAGGGCACUAUAGUGCCAGGAAAACAAGUGUUUUCCUGGCACUAUAGUGGUCCUUUAAAAGUGAAUUUGAAAAUUGAGGGCAAGAUAAUUCUUUAUAUAUUUGCCUGAAAUGUGAAAUUCACUUUGAAUUCCCAGAAAUGAUCACUUUAAUGAAUAACCCUGUUGAUCUACUUAAAGGAACACUCUACACCAUAACUACUUAAUUUUAUUGUGCUGUAUGGAGGUCCUUUGCACUGUCUGACCCUAAGGGGUCAGACCAUUUUAUUAUGGAUGCAAUCUCAAAGUGCUCAUAGUAGCUUUUGUCCUCCAUGUAUUUCUCCUCCUCUGGCUUCUAUGCAGACACCUUGGACUGGGCACCAGUAAUGGGGUGAGAGUGACAACUGAUGCUUUUUCGACCUUUCACUGGCUUAUAGAAUCAGGUACACGAGCAUGUAUUCCUGACACUAUAUAAUACAUAUUUUUUUUUUGUUUUUGCACCGUGCAGAGCUCAAUGACUGGCCCACACCUCGCUCUGCCAACGUGGCUGAGAUCAUCAAAUUUGAUAUUUGAACCAAUCCAAUGUUUUCCUGUAGGAAUGCAUUGGGAGCCAUGCUUGGUAAAAAAACACGCUUUGCCAAUUGUAUCUCCUCAUUGAAUCAAUGCAUCUCAAUGGAGAAUGUUAAGGACCUCCAUGCAGAGCCGCAGGAAGCUCCUCAAGUGGAAAGGAAGUGUUUAAUUAAAAAGCCUGCAAAGACAUGAUAUAGACACCAGCACCAAUCUAUUAAGCUGUAUUUGUUCUGUUGACUAUAUAGUGUCCCUUUAAGGACAUUGUUGUUUAUUUUAUAAUUUUUAUAAUUAUAAUGACAUCCAUGCUUGGUCACUUUUUGACAGUGUUGUGAAAGGGAAGGGGCAUGGUCAUUAUCACAUAAAGCCAGGGUGAAUAGCGUUUUCACAACUAUGGUGACAUGUUUGUAUUCCUGACACUAUAGUGUUCCUUUAAGCAAAUUAACGAACAUCACCAUAACAACUUCAUCUAAAUGAAAAUGCUAUGAUGCCAGGAAGCCCCUGGGUGCUCUUUCCUUUAAGGGGUUAAACCGCUCUCAAAUGGUUUAACCCAAAAGGCUUCCUCCAGCUCCAGGUCGCUCAGUGGUAGUCGGCUUCUGAAACGUAGUGUCAGGAAGUGUAGAUUGAUGUCAGGCAUGGAUGCUGCAGAUUGGUUAGAGUGGUCAGUUGACGCUCUAAGCCAAUCGCUAGUUCCCGGUUCAUAAAAAUGUUUUACUUUUUUAUGAAUGGGGAUCUACUGAUUGGCUUAGAGUGCCAGCUGACUGCUCUAGCCAAUCAGCUACUUCCCUACCCAGCGGCACUCUGUGCUUCCUGACACUCAGUAAAUAAAAGUGAACACAUUAACACUGAUGUUUUUUACAUGGGGAGUUGAGAAGGUCCAAAGUUUACCUGCCAGGCCCAGGUACCAAAGCCUUAUGAUGUGGUGGUGUCCAGAAUAAAAUGGAGGGUUCACUUAAAUUGUACUCCCUGCUCCAAUCUCCAUUUCUUCUCCUUCAUUUGACAGUCUUCUUUUUCUUCUGACACUGUCUUCUCUCCUCCUUGGCUCCUUUUGCUCCUUUACCUUUCUGCUACUUUCUGCUUAUUUUGUGCCCUUUCCAGCUCCUUGCAGACCCUUCCCCUACUUUACCUUUUGUGAUCCUUGCUGUCCCUUCAUGUAGGCUGUGCCCCACCAUCACUCACUUACCUGAUCUGUAGGCUGACCCCCCCCCACCACCAUCCCUCACUUACCUGAUCUGUAGGCUGACUCCCCCCUCCCCUCCAACCACCCCUCACUUACCUGAUCUGCAGGCUGACUCCCCCCCACUUUUCUGAUCUGUAGGCUGUGAUCUGUGGCUGAUCUGCAUCCCUCACUUUUCUGAUCUGUAGGCUGACCCCCCCACCAUCCUCACUUACCUGAUCUGUAGGCUGACUCCCCCACCCCCCCACCAUCUCUCACUUACCUGAUCUGUAGGCUGACUCCCCCCUCACUUUUCUGAUCUGUAGGCUGACCCCCCACCAUCCCUCACUUUUCUGAUCUGUAGGCUGCCCCCCCCAUGCCUCACUUAUUUGAUCUAUAGGCUGCCCAGGAGAGAGAAGCAGGGAUAAGACAUAGCUACCUCUCCCUGUCUCUCUUCAUACACAGCGCCACCUAUUGCAGUGUAUUUUUAGUCUCACAUGAAAAAUAGCAGAACUGGCUGAAAAAUCCAGGGGGAUUCCCCGUGGAUGCCCAUGCUACUGGUUAUUGUGCUUUGAAUAUUCCUUACAGCACAAAGGGCCAAAAGUGUCAAAUUGUACACAAAAAGGAGAAUGGUGGGCUGAUUGCCUGCGAUCUGCCAGAGCUGCAUAUGUGUAGAGCACUGAAAAGGUGCAUUUUGCAUCGGAAGAAAACCUCUGCAAUGGAAGAGCCUUUAUAGAAAUGCUUGUGCUCCACAAUGAUUUCUCCUGAUUUCCCCAAAGUGGAGCAUACCUAUAUGUUGGAACAGAGGUCCCAGCCUAGUACUGUCCUGACUUACCUGGGACUAUUGGGAGUUGUGAAUGAUUCAUGUGUUAUUAAACUAAUAUAAUGGUACUUUGACACCUGUUUAACAUGCCUAGUUGUUCCAUGGGGAUACGACAGGAGCUUUGUAAACAUAUAAUCUACACCCAGCCAUCAAUCCUCUUUUUAUUUUUAAAACUUUUUUUAGAUGCCAUAAAAUGCUUCUGUAUGUGAGAGGUUCAUCGCAUUGGUAGCAACUUUGGUAGAAAUGUAUUUGUGACUUUUGAAUUCACGUAUGUGAUUAACCCAAUGCAUAAACUAAGAGUGUGUACUAAAUACUUUAUUUUAUUUAUUUUUUUCCUCUUUCCUUACUCAGGUUCAGUAAGAGCCUUAGAAUUAGUUCCCACCGAUCAGAAAAAGAUAGAAAAACCUGAAGGUGAUCGAGUAACAUUAGAUUGCAAAUUUACUGUUGGGCCUUUAGAUGUUGGAUCCCUGGAUAUUGACUGGGCAUUAGUGGCCGCAGAUACUCAGCAAGAAGAUCAACAGGUAUGUACCAAAUAACUCAUUCAUAAAUUGUGGGGUUUUUUUGUUUGUUUUUUUUUUACUUCAUAUUUUUCUGAGGUUUUAGUCCUCUGGCUGAUAUGGUCAUGCCUUCUCUUCAAAGAUAAAUACGUUAUCUAGUAUUGAGUUAAUAACCGAGACACUGAAGAAAGAUAUAUAGAGAAUAAACCAUCUGAAAAUAAGUUAAUGGAAGAGAUCAUAUUUAGAUUUUUAAACAUUUUACAUAAGAAUUUAAAGGAGCAGCCUAAUUUUACUCUUUAAAUUUCCAGCAAGUGUGUAUAAAACGGCAGUCUAAUGGCUACCAAUGGUUAUACUCCUAAUUGCCUAGUCACUGGACAUGAUUUGAAUUAUAGCUGUACUUUCAUUAGGUUCAUGGUGCUCUCAGCCAGUGGGAUACAGCGGAUUAUAGAUGUUAUGGUUUUCUCACAUAACUUUUAUAUUUAUAUCUAUACUUGAAAAAAGAAUAACAAAUCUUUCUUUAAAAAAAAGGGGGUCCCAAAUCAAAAGACUAUGUAUGGUUAACGAUUCUCAAAAAAAGGUUAGAUUACCCACAUUGUUUUAUCCCCACAACUGUUUGUCCAAUGUACAAUUCCCCUAUAGUUUGUAAGCUCACAUCAGUGUUCUCUUUUUGUUUCAGUAUGUCUUAAUAUUUAUCUCUGUAUAAUUACUAAUGUUUUUGCAUACAUUGUAAACCACUCUAAAUAAGAGCGCUCUAUAAAAAGUAAAAAAAAAAUUAAACAACACUUUUUAAUUGUUGGUAAUGACUAGAACAGGUUUUGCAAUUUCUGUUUUCUUACACAUGGUUUUUGUCUUCUAGAUAAUUAUGUUCAGCGGAGGGAUGCCAUAUGUAAUAUAUGAUGGGCUAAAAAACAGAGUACAUUUUAAUUCCACUGAUCCCGCAAAUGGUGAUGCAUCCAUAGAUAUUAUUAAUUUAAAGUCUAGUGAUACUGGUACUUAUCAAUGCAAAGUGAAGAAAGUCCCCGGUGUGCAAAGUAGAAAAAUUGGUCUUUCUGUAUUUCGUAAGUACUUACCUAAUUUAACCUUGGCAAGCUUGUUUAUUGAUGGCCAAAAUGGUUUUUAUACAAAUUAUGCUUAUAAAACAGGAAAAGGUGUAGUGCCUGAAGUGUCCUUUACGGAAUAUAUGUAAUAACAAACAAAAAGGACUGAUAGUUUAGUAAGUUAAAAACUUCUUGAUAGAGUAAGGAAAAUAAAAAAUUGUACACUCUCAUGCCUGGGCGGAAUGAUUAUAUAUAUAUAUAUAUAUAUAUAUAUAUAUAUAUAUAUAUAUAUAUAUAUAUAUAUAUAUAUAUAUAUAUAUAUAUAUUUAUGGUAAAAAUGCUUGAAGUUUUGUUUGUUGCGAUGGGUAUCCUCUUAAAAAAAUACAAGUGAUUAAAUAAAAAUGUGUAUAUAGUGUAGUAUGUUGAUGUAAUUAGCAGGGGUAGGUGUGUAAAUUGGUGUACACUAACAUAUUAUGGAGACUAAAUAUUGACUCCAGAAGCAAUGCGUGAAAUGGUAUGAUCCCCACUCUAGGAUAUAGGUGAUGUGGAAAAUUCUCUGUAUGUGUGUGUGAAUGUAAAAUAGAUGCUGUCUGGGAGGGAGGGUCUGCUGCUGAUUGGCUGGAAUGUGUCUGCUGACUGUGAGGUACAGGGUCAAAGUUUGUUUAUGUUUGCCGUCCGUGGCGAACCGUUCGGGACAUCACUAGUUAUGAACUGUGUGUUCAAACCUCAUAAUCUAUUUGAUGCAGGACUGCCUUUCAUCCUGCUGAGAUUUGUAAAAAUGUAAUGCCUACUUCAGGACAUGUAUAAUACAAUAUCAGUGUAGCUUCAUGGUAACAUUCUUUUUCACACGUGAGUUGUAUUCGUAGUGGUAUGUAGUAAGCUCUGUUAUUGUCUACAUCCACCAUUACCCAAUAGCAUUCCAUGUAGGUUAUAAAAUAAGGUAGGUGAAUCAUAUCCACAAGUAUUGAUGCACAUGAUAAAUGAACAUCAUUCACAUCACAUAAGAAUUCAUUGUUGUGCUUGUUUCUGGUUACCUGUCAUAAAUCUCUAACACAGGGAAUGAGUUACGAUUAGGCAUUCAUUCGAUAUUUGUUUACUGGCAGUCAAGAUAACACUGUAGGAGAUGCUUUUGUAGGAGAUUCUUCUCCUCCUCCUUCUCAAGGGAAAUCAAACUACAGAUGUCAACAAAUUCACCUGUUUACUUUUUUUGUGUGUAUUAGACUGAUUAAAGUGUACUAGCAUGUGAUAUAUAGAAUAAUUUGAUUAUGGUAUUUAUAUCUUUAUUUAUUUUUUUCCAGUUAAGCCAGCAAAAACAAGAUGCUCAAUUGAAGGAUCACAAAAAAUUGGGAAUGACCUCAUCUUUAAAUGUGGAUCAAGUGAAGGAACGGCCCCCCUUACAUAUGAGUGGCAAAAACUCACCGGCUCACGAUCGCUUCCUAAAGGAUCAGUAUUGGGUAUAAAAGAAUUUAAAUUUUAUUGCUCAGAAUGCGUUUUAGCAUUAUGUAAAGAUACAAAUUUCUAAAUAAUGUACUUCUCCAGCUAUAUGCAGGAUUCCUAUAAAAACUCACAAAAUUUGUGAGAAUGUCUUGUUUGUUUUUCUAGAUGAAUCAACUGGUGUCCUUACUGUCAAAAAUGUUUCUCAAGAACACAGUGGCACAUAUAAAUGCUUUGCCAAGAAUCGGGUUGGUAAUGAUGAGUGUAUGGUCAGACUGGAUGCUGUUCCUCGUAAGUAUAUACUUUUAAAUUUCAAGUUGUUUUUUUUUUAAUUUUUUUAUUCAUUUAAUGACUUUGAACCUUUUGGCAAAAUCAAAACCAUGAGUUUUAUUCUUUGCCACAGAUACUUUAGCUUGCUGAAUUGGUUGUGAUACAAGGCAUGCCUCUCCUUUACUUGCAGAAGAGUAUUUGCUUUAUAUAUUUUUAAUAAGACAUAUACAUUCUGUCAUUGAAGAGUUAAGUUGGUUUACGGUUUCCUGUAUAGUCCUUGUGUACACCCGUAACUACCAAUUGUUGAUGUUUUAACCCAACUGGCAAGGCACUUUUAAGCAAUGGCAUUACCUGUAAUGAAGUGCAGACAAUUUUAAAAAUGUAAAAGCCAUACUAUGUAUUUUUGUUCUUGUUAGAUUAUUUAUAUGCCAAUAUAUAAUGUGUGUAUUUUUUUCAUAUUCCUCUACUCCCCCUCACACCCCCCAUGCACCUAUCCUGUCCUCCUCUUUCCUUCCUUCCUAUCUGUGGACUGAUCCCUUCUGUCUGUCUUUCCUCUCUCCUUUUUCUUUUCUUGCUCUUCUCUCCUAAUGUUACAAUAUUACAUUUGUAUUGUAUAUGGAUUUUUUUGUAUUUCUCCCUAUUUUCAGUUCCCUUUGGCCUCUAUCCUAUUUUGAUCUCAAGAAUCUAAUAUUGUCCUAUUGCUCCAGCCACUCAUUAGACAUAUAUUUACUUAUCACAUUAACAUUUGGAAUACCCCUCUGCAGCGCUUGCUUCCUUUUUAGGGGAGUGUGUCAUGAAAUUUAAUCUAAAUGAAGUAGUUAUGGUGCCAGGAGGCCCCCUUCCCCUUGGCGGACUCUCACCCCAAGAGGCUAAACCACCGAUGAACUCCCUCCACUCUCCCCCACCCCCCAGGUGACAUCUGGGUUAUGAAAUGUCAGUUUCAGGAAGUACAAAGUGCCACUGGGCAGGAGCUCUAAUCGGUGACUCCCCAUUCACUAAACUGGCUUGGAAAGAAAUGUGCCUUUUCCAAGUCAGUUUUUUUAAAAUGGUGUGUUACUGAUUGGCUGAGAGUUUUAACUGACUGUACUCAUCCAAUCAGCAGUAUUCCUGCCUGGCCGCCCUCUGCGCUUCCCGAAACACAAAUUUUUUGAAGUCGGAUGCUUUUGGGGGGAGCGGAGGUUGGCGCUAGCGGUAUCUUUGGGGUUAAACCUUGAGAUGGGAUUGAGCCCGGGGGCCUCCUGACACUAUACAAUUUAGAUCGAGUUGUUGUGGUGCCUAAACGGUACCUUUUUAAAUCAGAAACCAACUAAUACAGUAUUUAAAAAAAUAUAUAUUUGUCUUUUAGAUUCAAAUAUUGGUGGAAUAGUUGCUGGUGCAAUAAUUGGAACAUUAUUAAGUCUCGGGCUUGUGGGACUUCUGGUAUAUUUUUUCUGCAAGAAGAAAAAAGAGAAAAAAUAUGAGAAGGAAGUACAGCAUGAAAUCAGGUAAGCUUGUGCAUGGGAAUUACUGUAUUUAACAAAUUUAGCAUAUAAUGACCUUGCACUGAUUUAGAAACCCAAGUCUUAUGCUUUAUUCCUAUACUUCAAACUGUAUUAAAUUUAAAACAGAACUGAUACAUUUAAGCAAAAAAGAUGGAAAUUAUUUUAGAAUCAACUUUUAGCUAAAUUUUACAAUUCUGUUUUUAUUCCACUACAGUUUAGUGUUUGGUAAUUAGUUUUUUUUCCUAAAUUGAAAGGGUACCGGUCAUCCCACUUUCUGAUUUGCAGAAAUUAGAUCUUCUCCUUAUUCUGUCUAUACGUUGUGCUAGCCAGUGUAUAGUUUUUGCAAUAAACCACCUUUAAGAUCAUUCUCUAUGCACUUCAAGUUUUUUUAAAAAAAAAAGAUCAUUCUCUAUGCAGGGAACUAAAUAGAACUAGUUUAAAGGGUCACUCCAGACCCCUAAACAACUUUAGCUUGAAAAGCUUUGUGUGUGUCCUAUGUUUUUUCAUAUUGCAAAAAGUUCAGAUUUCGAUAGAAAUUGACACUUUUUUUACAAGUUAACCUGGUUACACCCCCUUGGCCUUCAAGCAGACAACAGGUAAUGUUACUUCCUGGUUUCGUUAGCGCAAUGCAGCGUACCUCAAGAGGUAGCAAUUGCCUAGAGCACCUGACUUUACAAAGACUUCUCAUUGAGCUGUAUUGGAUAACAGGUGAUUAGACAAUCAAAAGUCUGAGUUAGAAGGGGAGAGCUCACAAAGGCAGCAGACUAGAGAUCUGCAGGUUUUGCAAGCUGAUUUUUAGAUAUAUCCCAAAUGACAAAAAACAAAAUGCAUGCUAGUUUACAUUUGUGGUAUAUCUACUAAACAGUGAUUUUUAUUUUGGCAGUGGUGUGUCCCUUUAAGUUAAAAUAAGCAUUGCAGGUUCAUUUUAAGAUAUAAACCUGAUGUUAUGUUACAUUAAUAUUUUAUUUUUAUAGCACCAGCAAAGUCCGUAGUGCUGUAAUGUAAUUUCUUAUAUAUUUGUGAACUAGAUUGCGCAGCUUUUGCAGCUCAUGUCGAUAAGCAUGUAUUGCCAUUUGCCAUUACAGAGAAGAUGUCGCCCCUCCUAAAAGCCGCACCUCAACCGCUCGCAGUUAUAUCGGGAGCAAUCAUUCUUCAUUGGGAUCUUUGUCCCCAUCAAACAUAGAUGGAUACUCCAAAUCUCUUUACAAUAAAGUACCUAAUGAAGAUCAAGAACGUCCCCCAAGCCAAACACCAAACUUCGUGUUGCCUAAGGUAGCUGGUCCAAAUCUGAGUAGAAUGGGAGCCAUUCCUGUGAUGAUUCCAGCACAAAACAAAGAUGGUUCAAUUGUGUAAAUGAGAUAAAAUGGUCACUUAGUCUACAGAUGUGUGUGAAGGUUUGCAAAUGUACAAUUUUUCCAUCUCUAUCUUUAUUUGCCUUGGCAGCACCACUAUGUCAUUUGUAUUGUCAUUUUAUUUUUUUUCCUAACAUGCCCCCGAUGUUGGUAAAAUAUUGAAAGCAGAAAAGUGAAACUGGACAUAACUAGCAUGCGAUGUUCACAAAUUAUGUGGGUUCCUCCAGUUAUUUAAAAAUUGGCAAACCUAACUUAUUCACGUUUCAGAAACUUAAAAUGUAGUUUAUCUUGAUAUAGGCUACCCCCUCCUUUUCAAUUUUUUAUUAUGUAUAUGUGCUGUUAUUGGGUUGAACACCAUUUAACUGGACUUUGUUUUUGAAACACAGUUAUGAGUUUGUACUCUUAUUUGAGGGUUUUUUGCCAGUCCAGUAUUAGAUUUGCAUGUAUAGCUCUGUAUGAUUUUGAGGACGUUCAAAGUACACGAGACAAGCUUGUGUCUGUUUGCAGCCUCUACUUGCAUGAGUUUUGGGUAUGCUUGUUGAAGUGCAGGAAAGAGUUAAGUGUUGUGCUUUAAUUUUUAAUUUGCUUUAAAAUGUCUCCAGAUUAUUUACCAAUGGAAAGGUGAAAGGGGUUGGGUUGAAAUACACACUAAUCAAUCACAAGUUUAACCGCUUAAGGACACAUGUGUGACAUGUCAUGAUUCCCCUUUAGUCCAGAAGUUUGGUCCUUGAGGGGUUAAACAAAAUCUUUUUGAAAUAACUUAAAAUGGAAGCAGUGUUCCGUAUUGCUUUUUCUGAAAGGCUUACAUGUUUUAGUGUGAUCGCACCAGUUGCUGAAAGACUUCUAAGUAUAUGAUCUGAGAAGUUUUAAAAAUGGUGGUAUUGCUUCUAAAAUGCUGAGGAUCACUGCAAUAGCAUUUACCACUUUAAUAAGUCAUAUCUUUUUUUGCAUGUGAAAGGUCAAUAGUUGUUUUGUUUUGUUCUUGCCGGUUACCAUUUCAUGUAUAUUUGUUUGUAUUGAUCAUACAUUUCAUGCCAGCUUCCGGUCAGUUGUUGUAGUGAAACACAUAUCUAUCUUACCCUAACCGGUGCCUUUAUAACUAAAGCCUCAUGCAGUAAUGUAUCUCUUUAACCACGUGUGUGCCUAACUUUUUCAAAGGUGCUUUGAAUGUGAAGGUACGUGUUUUGUUUUGUUUUUUUUUUCCCUACUUCACGUUGAUUACAUUUUGUCUUUGUCAAAGCCUUGCUCACAACCAGGGUGAAUUCAAACACUUGCAAUUAAAUGUGCUCUUUCAAAAUGAAAGCGAAUUGGCAAAUAAAAUACCGAGCUUGGGAUAUUGCCAAAAGAUCAUCCUGAGUGUGACUAAUGGUUCUCCCGCUGCAUUUUCCUGCCUUCUUUCUUGGACAAAAUUCAGCUGUAAAGUAGUAGAUUUCUAGUGUUUUUAACAUGUCAAAUGAUUUACAAAAAAAGUUUGUCAAAACAUUUUUGUAUUUUUUUGUAAAUUCUAUACAAUCUACUUUGGGUAACCUUUUUAUUCUUUAGUGAGACCAGAUCUUCUAGUCACUUUGUUACAUGUCUAUUUAACUACUAAAACUACAUUGCAUGUGUAAUUUUUCAGGCUGUUAAACCUGAAGAUGGACUUUUUUAUGAAACAUUUUGCUGAUUUCCAAAGGCAGUUGUGUAAAUAGUAUGAAUAUAUUUAUCUUGAUUAUUAUUUUUUUUUGCCCCCAGUAGUAAUACGUUUAAAACCAUUAUUCAAAUCAGUAACUCUGCUCCGAUAUCAUUAUAUCAACACAUUUGUACUACAUAUUUGAAGUACAAUAGACUUUUCUUCCAGUUUAUCUAAUAACUAUUUACACAUUGACUCUGCCAGAACACACUAAACAGGAUAAGCUGAUCAGCUUGACUCCCACGAUGCUUUCACAGUAUAAUGGGAGUUGUGCUCUUUUGCACAAUAGUAAGAGUAAUAAAUGCUAGAUCCUGCUUAUAGCUUUCCUAAUUUUUAUUUUUUUCUUUUUUUUUUCUUUUGUGACAAUUAUUUUAUUUUUAUUUUUUUUAAGGAAAAAAAAAUGUACGCUAAGGGCUUUCACUUGUGUAAUAUUUUGGGUAGUUUGUGACAUUUCUGUACUUUUUAAAAUAAAUAUUACUGGUAAAUCCAUACUUGUCUGUUUUUCUGCGUUUUGUCCAAUAAAAACUUACAAUUUCUGUCAUUUGUGGGGUGCAAGAAAACUAAUCAUCCUUUUCUGUUUCUCAUAACAUUCAUUAAUUGGCAAUUCGGUUUUUAUUCUCUGUUCUGUGAAUAACCAAAUCAUUGGAAAAUAAAACUUCAUUUUUUUACUUUUCAUUAAUUGCUUCUGUAAAUCUGCUACUGUUUCUAUAUCUUUAAGGGACUAUUUAAGAAAUUGGACAUAAAAUUAUUUCACUAGAGGAUGACUUUUUGCAGUGGACAUUUAAGUGUGUUGUUUGCAUCUAAUCCAAUGAACCUUAAAAAAGCAACAUGUGAAGGUUUAAUGUUUAUUUGAAAUCUUAUCACUUUUCAUAACAAUUUUAUUUUUAGUUAAGGUGGAAAACAAAAAUAAACAAAUGUUGUGUAUACUUUAUAAACCCCAAUGAUCACUUUUUAAAUAUCCCAGGUUUUAAGUACUAUUGUAACGUCCCUAAAAGUUUAUGCUCACCUGCCAAUAACGUCCAGGCAGCCUAUAUAGGGAAGUCCUACAUUUAUGCCUCUCUGGUUGUAUUCAAAACCUCUGACACUAAAGUGGAUUUUCUUAGGAGCCCAUACAAAUGAAUAGGUCUUGUGGAGAGUAAACCACUGCGUAAACAAAAUAGAUUAAAACCAAAAAUAUUAACUGUGUGUUGAAGUGAAAAUCCCUUUACACCUAUAUGUAAAUCAUACAAGUAGCCUGUGCUCUAACCCAGGGCUUGACAAAUUUUACUUAAUCUAGGAGCCAGCUAAAAAAGUUAGGAGCCAUUUUUUUUUUUCCUGACGUGUUGGCAGUACUGUGCUUCCUAAUUGAGACAAGCAUCUGCAAGAUAGGUGGUUAAGAAAAGUCUCUCCCCUUUACCCUAUAAAGGGCUUCCCUGGCAAACCCACCUCAGUUCUUACUUGUCCCAGCACAGGACAGAUCAAGCGUCUGUUGGAGGUGAGGCAUACAGGUUGCUGGGGGAGGUAGCCCAAUUGCCGCCCAGGUGGUAGGCUGUGCGGUAUGGCUCCGUCCAGGGAGGUUCCAGAGCCCUUUGUUUAACUUUGCGCGGAGUAUGUUCCGGCAUGCGUGAACUGGAACUUCCGGGAAACCGCUGAGUGCGCUGUGCUGUUCCCUCUGGCAGCAGGAAGCUUGUCAGAAGGGUUCCCGGUGUCACCAACCCCCCACACGGCUCAGUGGCUUUCAAGGUAAGAUUAGUUGAUCUUUGCCUUAAUCUGUUCUGCUUAAAAUUGCAAGUUAUGGAUGGAAUAUUUUUGCAGAAAGUGGACUGUAUGUGCAAGAUGGACUGUUUGUACACCGUGGAAUGCCUCUGCUAUACUCUGCUUUGCUUAUUGUAUCUGUGCUACUCCCCUUAUUAUGGUUCUGCGGUUUAUAAAUAUGACCAAGGUGCUGCAAUUUCUUGGGUAAUAUUAAGCAGAGAAUAUGCAAUCAUUCCUAUCUAUGAAUUCUUAUAGAGAAUCAAAUAGUGUAUCAGCUGCUCUGCCUGAGAUGUUCCGCAGGUACCGAAGAUAAGCGUCCUUCGAUUACUACUAAUGUCUGGCGAAUGUUUAUCUACCUCUUCUUAAGACAUGUCUGGUUCAUCAUACUGUGUGGAGUUGGUUCCCACCUGAUGUACUGAGAAGGUUCAUUAGGAAUGUAUCGGUCAUGGCGCAGGAUAAAUCUGCUAAACUUUUAAUGAGGGUUAUCUGUUCCUCAAACCCCAUGUCUUUCUUAUAUACAGAAAUGGGAAUACUAUGUGUAACGAGCCUUUCUUGCCCGACGUUUAAUAUGUUUACCAUCAAAUGGGUGAAUGUUACACUGGGAAUCCAUAAAAUUCUGCAGAAGUAGCUGCUUUUAAAAACCCUGUCAUCAAGAAGGCUGAGACAUCUUGCAGGCAAUCUUUCCAGACUGUUGGGUUUCAGUAUGGGUCUUUGCUGGCAGGUGCAGCGGUGUCCAAAACUUAUAACUUUGUUUACAAUCGUUAAUGGAGGUUAUUUAAGUCUCCUGGUAAGCAGCUUGUCAGUUUCCUGUUUAAUUUGAGAUUGUCACAUAUUUUAUAUGGAUUUGACUAAUAAAAUUUGACAAUGACUGCCAGGCUCAUGGGUUGAUCUGUUUCCCUUAUAUCCUGGUGGCUUAAUCUUGGACGGACGAUCAGCGUCCUUUUUAGAUCCCCUGUUUACUCCCAUGUCGGAAAAGGGGAAAAAAAGCUGUACCUCAAGACAAGUAGAACUAGGCCGGACAUGGGUAGGCGUUUCGGACACCAAGAAGCUUGGAGGUGUAAUCCUGCAUUUCUAUACGAAGUGUUGAUAGCUCAGUGGGUUUAGACAUUGUUCAACCCUUGGGGUUCACAGGUUUGUUUUCCCUGCAAGGUUGAUUCAACCCUUCAUCCCUUUGAGAUAGAUGACUGGAGUACCAUUCAAUGGAGUCACUUAACAUUCCCAGGAUGCAUUUGGGAACCAGUAUUUAUCUUAAUGUCUCUUGCCUGGCUUUUUAGUGUACCCUACUUGCAAUCACGGAUUGCUUGAUCUAGGGCACCGCUUGCUCUUUUAAAAUCUGCCCAAUCCAUAAUCUUGCGAACAUCUGAUACUCUAUUUACAGAAACAGUGUUCCUGUUGGAUUCAAGGAGUUUGAUAUAUGGUUCUGUGAAAACAUGAAGUUUGUUGGGUUCCUCAGGAAUCUCCUGAUUAUCAAACUCUGAUCAUUCCUUUAAACCGGUUAUGAAUUUAAACAAAUUGGUUGCUCUCCUGAGCUUCAGAAUUUGAACUUCUGCUUCUAUAACUCUGAUUCUGCAGAAAGGAAUUUCAUGGUGUAUAUAAAUCAGAGAUAUAUUCCCACAUAUCCCUAUUGCGGCCCCUCAAUAAGUUAUCUGAAAAUACGCCAUAAUACGUGGAUUGUAGAGAUCUCAUUGCUUUUCAAAACGCUCCCAUAACAGCAUAUUUUAGGGAACGAGGCAUUCCCUACUUGGGAAUUUGGCUACUUAUUGCUUAUUGGGAUGUUUGCCCUUUAAGUAUGUUUUGGGUAGCUAGCAGAGCGCUACAGCAACACUGUUGGAUACGGAGACUAUAAAGUAUUUUCUUCUUCUCCAGGAAACAUAGGGGUUUUUGAGGUUCAUGUUAACUUUAAAACAUUACCUCUGCAUUUACUGCAGUCCUAAAGGAAAGGUCCAAUUAUUAAUAAAGUGAAAAUUCCUCCAUAAGGACAGGAAAUGGGAUUGCUGGGAUGUCUGACAUCUUCAAUUCCUCCAAUCUUUUGGGCAAAAUCUGGAUGUGGCCGCUACAGUGGAAAAUUCUCUCCUCUGGGUCAAAGUGUGGAAAUCUUUUGGAUUUCUGUCUCCUAAACACUCUUUGGGGAAAAAAGCAGAAGCUGUCCUUUCUGCCUAUAGAAGGCGUAAGUUUCACCACAGAAUGCAUCGAACACAGGCUGGGUCGCAUGUCUAAAUUCUCUGUCAGCGUUCUUGGUCCUAAGAAAAAUAGUCCAUUAAUUUCAGAGCUUUUAAGGCAGUUUUUCACUCCCCUCACCGAUUCAGAUAUUUGUUGAUUUGAGGGACCUAUUACAAUGCAGUCAGACCACAACACUGUUUCCCUCACGUCAACAACAGACAGGCAAGGUCUGUUUCAGCUAUGUACCAAAACUGUGUACUCGGCUCAAGAUCUCUGGGAGGUCCUCUCUCCAUUCCACUCAUGAUGUGUUGACAAUGUCAUCACCUACAACCUCAGCACAAUAAAUGUAUUUAUGUACUAUUUUAGGGGGAAUUUUUAGUCUCUGUAUGGCUCGCUUGUUGUACAUAUUAUACAAGCUCUCCCUCACUUUCUCUAUUUUUUUUUUUUUUAUUUUUUUUUCGUGUGUGUGUGUUUAUAUUAUGUAUCUAUUUUAUCAUAUUAAUCCUUUUAAAUAUAAAUUAUUAUUUUUUUGGCUUCCUAAACGACAUAUAUCCCAGGUGGGGAUCAUGCCACCAAAGCGCUGUAUACUAGAGCAGGUAUAUGCUCUAGUUCAUGUGAAGAAGAUACCUACCUUUUCAUAUAUCCACUACCACUUUGAUAUACAGAUUGCACUAGUUGAUAUCCUAAUUUUUGUCUUUGUCUAUUCUACCACCACUGUAGCUGAAAAUAUAUCCAGUGACGGGGAUUGUACCAUCUAUAACCUACACAGCAGAGCUCUUUGUAGCUCUAUAAAUUUUGAGUGAGUUUUUGCUAUAGCACUCUACUGUACUAAGUUAAAGACAUACUGCACUAUUUUUGUUUCUUUUUCUUUGAGAUACCAUGCACUGUAUAACAGCCAAAUUCAUAGACUUUGAACAAAAAUGUAUGUACAUAUGAUUUGUUUGACCUUAUUUUUGUACAUUACUGUGUUUUAAGGUGCGGUUAUCUAUUUUUUGUAUUUGUCUUCUGUCUCUAAUCCUACAAGGUUUUGGGGAAUCCUUGUUAGAUUUACUGCUGCCUUAAAGAAUAUAGUGAGCACCAAGUUUUUUAGUUUUUUUUUUUUAUUAUAUAAGAGCAGUGGUUCUGCCAAUCUUUCCAUACUGGCCAAACACAAGCCAAUUUUCAGCCUUGGUGCUGAUGACUUUCAAGUUUGGGGAUCUUCCGAUCUCAAACACUUUUGGAAGACAGGAUAUCCUACUGGUAGUGUUGAAUAGGUUCUUAUUGACGGUAGGGCACUGCAUGGUGGAUCCUUCAUCUCCUGAGUCUUCAUGAGUCAGUCCACUUGUUGCGUAUAAUCUUCGUCGUUCCGCCUCUAACCUUUUACAUGAGGAUUUGGGUAGAGUUGGGUAGAACGUUAUUGUCUUCUAGUUCUUUCUGAGAAGGGAUUGGUCUUCGUAUAUACUGGUUAGAAGUUUAUUUAAAGCAAUAGGCUUCUUGAGCCACCCAGGAAGUUCUGUUUCCCUCCUGGGAUCUUUCUUCAGUCUUUCAGGUCCCCUUUUCCUUUGGAGGGGUUCCUUUUAAUAUGCUAAAGCUUAACCAGCAUUCUUAGUGGCCAUUACCUUUGCCAAGAGAGUAAGCGAGCUUCAGGAUAUAUCUUCAGCGGAAUUUCUAAUAUUCCAUCAGGGUGAAAGUUGUUUCAUCCUAAAACUUUACUUCUUCCAGAGUUAUCUUUUAGAGCCGUUAAUCAGCUCAUCCUUCUAUAAUUAUGCCAACUCCCUGCUGGAACUAGUUGGCAUAUUCUAGAGUUUAAAAAGGGCAUUUCAGAUGUACCUCUCAAGCCAAACUCAGAUCAGAUCACCUGUUAACUUCUAGGACAGUUUUAAGGGGAAUGAAACCUCUCAUAAUUCUAUUUCUCUUUAUUUCGUCCAUCAUAUGACCUAUGCUUCAGUAGUUUUGAUUCGCCAGUGUCUUUCACAACGCAUUCCACAAAGGCAAUGGCCACUUCGUGGGCAGAGAAAAGCUCUUGCUUCACCCGAUGAAAUCAUCAUGGCUGCUUCUUGGUCAGCUUUUAGCACCUUACAAAAUGUCAGGCAUUUUCAGGCUAGAUGUACUCUCUGCCUCUAAAAUUGCGUUAGGGCGUAGGUACUUCAAGCUGUUUAGGCAUAAGGCCCACCCGAUUGGGAAUCUUGUUAUAUCCUAUACGUACUGUUACCAUAUGUGUAAAAAAAAAAAAUUACUCACCAUAAAUUAUUUUUUUCUUAAUAUGGUGGCAGUUAAAAUCUCCCUCCCUCUAAAUUACAAUUUUGCUUGCAGUGUGUGGAUUAGGUGUGUAUUCUUGCUAUGACUGAGGUGGGUUUGCUGGGGAAGCCCUUUAUAGGGUAAAGGGGAGGGACUUUUCUUAAUCCCCUAUCUUGAAGAUGCUUGUCCCAAUUAGGAACCACAACCCAUAUGUACUGCCACCAUAUUAAGAGAGAAUUUACGGUGAGUAAAGACUUCUGCUUUUUAACGGACACUAUAGUCACCAGAACCACUACAGAUUAAUGUAGUUGUUCUGGUGCCCUUAGCCUGUCCCUGUAGCCUUUUCAAUGUAACCGCUGCAUUUUCAGGGAAAAGUGUUUACUUUGCUGCCUACUAAGACCUCUACUGAUAGUCACUUAGACGGCCACUGGAGCUGAAUGUUACCCAUAGAGAUUUCCAAGCAGGCUGGCUACAACGCUCCAUGAGCCGACAGCUUCCAUGCUCCCGCAGGCGGGUACUUUAGGUAAAAGGAUGACAAAUCCCAGGCACCAGGGCAAAAUUUCUAGUCGACCUGGCGCCCGGGAUUUGUUGAGCCCUGCUCAUCAGUGUAUGGUUUUAAAUAUGUUUUUUAGUACCCUGUAAUGUCCCUCAAAAUGUAAACUCCUCUACCAACAUCAAUACAAAAAUCUCUUUGGUUUUCAACUCCAAUCAUGAAUUAUACAGACGAAACAGAAUAUCCUGUAAAACAUUACUGAACAUUGUGCAAACUACUAUAGUAGUCAAGAGUCUAAACUGCUAAUCCAAUUUUUAAUUACAGAUUCAUUUUAACCUUAAAUAGCUGUCUAAAUGAUGGACCUAAAUCAUGUCUAGGAAGUAAUUACCACUUUGAGGCAUGUGAUAAGCUUUUAGUGAUGUUUAAAUGAAUGUCUCCAUGUCUAUUUAAAAAUGUUUUUAAGACAAAGCAAUAAUUAAGUCUAUUGGACCCUAACAUUUGGCUAUCACGUUUCUCUAUGAUAUGUGUAAACACAUCCAAAGGAGAUUUUCUAGUAAACAUGGCUUUUCCUCUGGAGUGAAAUGCAAAAAGCAAUUAGCCCUUUUAAAACCUAAAUUCUUUUUUGUUCAUAUCAAAAUGAAGACCGGAGAUACAUUUCCUUUUUAGCGAAUCCAGAAAUAUUAACUCUUGCGAUGUAAGCAGGGCAGAUUGUAUUAUUUUGUGCCCCCCCUCCUUCUAUUAUCUAAAUAUUCAACUUUAAGGCAUACUCAGUUGAGGUAAUAGAAAUAACAGUUUGGAUCCGGGAUAGGCGACCUGCACUCCUCCAAGUGUUGUGGACCACAUCUUACAGACAUAAUGCAAAGCAUCAGAUAAAAUGGAGUGCACAACAUCUGGAGAGUCGUAGGUUGCCUACUCCUGGUGUAGAUGGGCAGUACUGCGCUUCUUGAAGUUUUCUGAAAAGUAGCAACAUUGACUUAAUAUAGUUAUUUAAAGUCACGUGCCAAACAUGUGUAGCUCUUGCAUAUCUCACUAAUUACUAAUUGGUAUGGUAAUGCUUCCAAGGUAGUAUACCAACUCGUAUAAUGUUGGGGUGUUAUUCAGUAACGGAGUGUCAGCAAAUGUUAAAACUCUUGGUGUGAGGUGAUAUGAUUAUGUUGAACCAGUACUCCUGGCACCAUAACCACUACAGUACAAUGUGCUUCUAAUCCAUGCAGUAUCCAAUUAAUGCUUUAUUUUUUUCCAUGUUUAGCUUUUUUUCUUCCCUAAUUAUAUUUUCUAGUACGCCUAGUGUUUCCUCUACAGUGGACAAUCAAUCGUAACCCUUUAAUGACAGGGCUUUUAUGCAGUCCUAGAAAUAGUAGGCUUUAACACCUCUUGGGAUAGAGUGGAACUUACUUUCCUUCCAGCUUUGGUGUGAGCAGGGUUAAAUCCUUGGGUGCACCAUGGAGUCCAGGUACAAACAGAUAUUGGGCUUACUGGCCACAAGCUGACAGAAGGGAUAUGAAAAGUGCCCAAAGUGAGCGCGGAUACACCCAUUUGAAAAUAUCAUAGCCAAAAUCUGUGUUUAGCCAUGCACUCGCCAUGUCCUAUCGGGGGAGACCCACAGGACCUAAAGAGACCCUGAUAGUCUUAUUGUAACCUUUCAUGUGUCUGAUCAAACCACCAUUGUGAUCAGACAUCCGUCUCAAUGCAGAAAGAGGUGUCUGAUUCCUAUGUGUGAUCGGGCCGAGCAAACUGCAGCCUAAAAACAGACUCUCUGAGCCUGUCACAGAGCUAUACAGUGUACAGGGAGAGAAACAGUGUUUUUCCUCCUGAUGUUUAGAUCUCACAAUGUACAGCAGGAAAGCCAUGGAGAUAACAUCAAACAGGGAUUCCCUACGAAUAGCAGAUCCAUGGCGUCUGCAUCUCCGUUUAUUUAAAAAACAAAAUUGUAAUAAUGAGAGAUUCUUCCCUUUUACUGAAUUCUUUGGGUAAGGGAGCGUUCCAGUUCCAAGGUUCCAAUGUAUUUCGAAAAUGUUAUAUUAGAAAUACAGUAAUUUGGAACCUGUUACCCAAAAACAUCUAGGCAUUUGAUUUAUUCAAACAUUAGAACAAAUACACAUUUUGAUGUAUUUCUUUUUCUUAGCUACAUAAAAAAAAUACUACCAUAUUACAAAAAAAUUAUAUUUUCGUGCUUUCACCCGUUUUUAUAUAUUUUAAUCAUACUAAAUGAUCAUUCACAAAAACACAUACGUAUGUAUUGUCAAAAAGCCCUAACUGUCCUUUAAAAAAUUAUGAGCGUAUUGGAUUCACGUAAAGGAUCACUGAAACGUUUUUAAUGCCUUUUCAUCUGUUAGAAUAUGCUAUUUUGUUUAUAUCUUUAUUCAUGUAUGCUGAAAUGUUUUAAGUUUACUUACUGUACCUUCCUGACUCCCUUUUGAGACUGCUAUAGUUAAGCACCUUCUGUCACAUUAUCAAUUAUCUGACCUUAUGUUCCUAUUGUGCAGUGUUAAGUUGCUUUUCAUAAUCCCCUGAAAGCUGUAGGCAGAAACACACAAUUUUGAAAAGCAACAGACUUGCAAAUAAGUGAGCAUCGGGUCAAACAAGUCACAGUCCGGCCAAAGGUACAUAAAGAUGGCUGUCUGAAAGGGGGAGUGGGAAAGAUAGUGAUUUCUUCAAAUAUUUCAACAUACAUUUUUCUUUUUUAUGGUAUAUUAUAUCAAAGAAUAUAUCAAGAUAUUAAACUAUUAAAUAUGGAAGUGGAAAAGUACAGUAAAGCAAGCAUGUAUCAAAAUUCGAUGUUUCCUAUUCUCUUCCUCUCGCAGAAUCAGUUUUUCUUUUCUUCCCAUCUGAUCUAGUUUUCUUUAAAACAUAAGACAAAGUAGAACUGUAUUUAAUAGAGGGGGGGUCUCUUGGGACACUUAGUCAAUUUGUGUUAGGACGAGAUUAUGGCAUUUUUUUUUUUUAAUUCAAAAGAAUGAAAUUCCAGCUGUUUAGUAAAUUGCUCCCCAAUAAAAAGCAAUCUACUAAAAGGCUGAAAGACCAAAAUUGAUAUUAUUAGGGUGAGGGGGAUAAGUAGAACUGUAUUUAAUAGAGGGGGGCUCUUAGUCACUGAUGGGGGGGCUUUAUUUUUACAAUUACUCCCCACCUUCACAUUGCACGGUGUCUUGUGGGGAACACUAUGUCCGACUGUCCCCCGUUAUUUUAAUAGGUGACCCCACUAUUACAACAAUGAGCAGCCAUUGUUGUAAUGUACCCCAAUUCCCCCUGCCCCCCCCAAAGUAAAACAGGUAUGGCCAUGACAGUGCCGCUUUAAGGGAAUCCACUGUUUUUAAGAGGUUGUAACCUGUAUUCUUUUGUCUCCUGUUUUUCUUUUUGAAACAUAACAAAUUCCUGAAAGCUAUGCACUGAAUGUUUAUCGCCACCUGCAGACUAAUACUAACAUUGCAGUCUUUUAUAGAUAUUUCAAGCACCUAAAGGAACACAAUAAUGUUAGGAAUACAAACCUGUAUUCCUGACAUUAUAGUACUGGUGUGCUUAUUUAGGUCUCUGGCCCCCUGUCAGUGAGAAAGUGAGCUUUAGGCUUGGAUUAUACCGUCGGAUCUCAAAGUGAACGCUGCUUAUAGAUCUUUAAAUGUUGCAGUAGCUUGAUCUCGCUGCCGCUGUAAAUUUACUAGUCAAUUUCGCCCUCCUGCAUCCUGUCACUGUCCACCCCUUGUGUCGGGGAGACCCCCAGGCUCUGAAAAGACACCCGGGAGGGCUCCCUGCUUGCCCCUCUGUUGCAGGAUUAGUACUGGUCUCUCAUGCUGCAAUCACACUGUAUAGAAGGUUCAGCAGAGGGAUUCCCUUGAGAGGCGGUAUUGGGAAUUAUGGAUAGGAUUAGAGCAGGGGUCCUCAAACUCCGGCCCCCCAGAUGUUGCUGAACUACAACUCCCAUGAUUCUCUGGCUAUCUAUGUAAUUCAAAGAAUCAUGGAAGUUGUAAUUCAGCAUCAUCUGGGGGACUGGAGUUUGAAAACCCCUGGAUUAGGGGUUGUGUUAAGGGAAAAGUUACGGUAUACAUGUGGGGUAUCAUUGUACUCUAGAACAGUAGCAGAAUACAUAUAUGCUGUGUUUGCAGCAUAUUUCAAGCGAGGAGUAUAACUAAUCAGAUGCAAGGCUACUACUGAAAGGAAAAAAAACACAUGAGAUUGCCACUUUAAUUUUUAUGGUCUCCUUGACACUGUUGUUUCUUCGUCUCAUCCUAUCUCUACUUCAGUAAGGUUUAUUUCUGAUCCCUUGUGUUUAUACACUUUAUGUUCCACUUGACAAUCAAAUUAUGACUUGAUUUCUGUAUCUUCUAUAUAUGAAGAUGACACUUAUGUAUUCUCUGCUUCCCUGCCUGUUUUUUUUGUCCAACACAGUUCUUUCACCAGCAACAAACACUUUUUUAAAAAAAAAUUUAUAUCAAUCUCCCUUUAAAAAGGCGCUAUCGGGGGGCGGGGCCUGACUGCCAAGAUGGCCGGACGCACUCUCUGACAGCUCCGGCACCAGCGGGCACAAAAUCACGAAUCCCGAUCUACCGGGCAAUGUCAGCAGAGCAUGGUGCCAAGGAAUCGAUACAGGACCCUGCACGGAACAUAUCGAUACCUGUCCCGCAUCAAAACAGGAAACGAGUGCCUGAACCAACCAUGAGGCCUAAACAGGAGCGGAGCCUAAAGCAUGGGGGAGGCGACCGAUGAUCUGGCAAGAGAACCGCUCACAAGCAUGAAUCAAACGUUGCCCUGCCACCGCCCCCCUCUGGACCGGCAGGGAAUAUCCCGGUCCAUGCAGGGGGUGCCCAUCCCCGCAAAGCUACGUGAACAAGCGACAAAAACUGUGGUGAAACGAAACCGCCAGGGCUCAGGCAAGAUGGCGCUACGGGCACGGCUGGCGACGCAACGCACCCGUUUACAGCCACCCAAGCACACCUUGGACUUCUUUGAUCAGCUCUGCGCAAGCCUCUGGACGAAGCUCAGGGCCAAAGGUCAGGCCUUUAAACUAGCAAGGGGACUGGCGGCAGCAUGGAUUCGCCCAGCAAUCCGGUGACACCUGUGUGGACUCCCGCCAAGUACCACUAGGGCGGCCUCCCGACGGCACCGGCAAACAAGAUAGCGGGAAAAGGCUACAUGUCCCGCAUGCGUUGGCGCUCACUCGCACACACACCAGGGCAAAGCCAGCCAGCAUACCCAAGCUGUCUACCGCGCAGAGACCUUGGAGACUUCCGACCUCCAUGCUAACCUCACCAACCCCCGAACCCCAGCCUGCGACAGCAAGACUCACCAGAACGGUGAACACCGCACAGGGGCCUCAGUAAGGGUCCAGCGAGAACAACCACAGGCUUUAACCCCUUGCACGCUCGCAAACGAGGGAGACAGACACCUGUACACCUGUAGCUUCCCACUACAGGGCAUCGGCUGAGCAGUCUGCAGGGAGGCUCACAGCAUGCACAGGACACACAGAUCCUUUUGUGUGAUUAAACUGUUAACUGCAAGUAGUCUGAUUAUGGACAGAUUCUUACCAUUGCCUUCUUACCCUGAUGCAUAUUAGUCACAGCUCUAUACUACCAAACACAUCCCUUAUACGCUAAUAUAUAGGACAGUGAAGCUCAUAUGACAUUUUACUCAAAGGCUCUGUCUUGUAUGCAGCAUACUCCUGUAUUGUAUUUUACUUACUCUUAAAGAAUAUUGUAUAGACCUAGCAUGCUUACACACUGUGCGCCCCAGCAUAGCGUUGCGCUUACCUCUACUCAUUUACUAAGUAGAUAUGCAUUCAAACGACUGAACAGCAAUACCCAGUAUAAUGUUACCUCAGCUUGUUCUCUACCAUGUUAAUGACUCACGGAAAUCUGUGUAAAUACACACUAGCAUUCACCCAGAACGUAGGUUUAGACCGAAACGUUUUGUUUUAGUUUAGGCUUGUUGCCCAUCUACAUUACUUACUCCUUAACUAUAAUAACCUGUAACCGAUUAGCAAGCGAAUGCGAAGACAGCACUUAGAACUAGCCUGUAGCGCACACUGGAAUGUGCAUAUAUACAUGAUUUGCGACGCCAGCAACUAGUCAAUAUGCCGAACAAGCCUACUUAAAGUUUGAACACUCACUAAAGUUGCUUAUGUAAGUUGAUCGUAUUACUUAACAUUGGACUCAGAAUAUGCGCAGUUACACGACAACCUUUAUACUUAAAAAUGUGUGCACUGUUAUUGCAUACCCCAUUGUUAUAAUUGUAAUGAAACUAAUGUGUGGAGUGCUGUUGGGGUACCACACGCAUGUCUGUUCAACACAUAUGCACUACAAAAAUAAAGAAUUAAAAAAAAAUGUUUUUUAAAAAAAAGGCACUAUAAUUUUUCUUGUGGAUUUGCCUUUCUAAAGCCCCUUGUACUAUAAUGAUUAUACCCCCUUCUUGCAACGUGCAUUUAUUUAUAUUAUCGUUUCUUCCUUGUGCUAGAUCUGGGUGCCGCCAUUUUGUUCUCUGCUAAGAUGUUUGCUGUUCUGUGGAACAUAUUUUACUGAUGAGUUGUGGGUAAAUUUGACUGGCAAUGGAAACCGAGUCUUGCUUUGAGCUUUCUGCCAUUAUCCAGUUUUGUCAACUUGACUUCUUUACAUAAGGAACGGUAGUCCCUACUUGGAGCACUCAGGAACAAAAGUAAAAUGAGAUUCAGAAGCAGGGAACUAUGGGGUAACAGAUUAGAUAAAGAGGAAAAUUGUUUCAUACUUCCCACAAUUUUCUUUUCCUGAUAAUUAUACAUAGCAGCAUUUACUUAUGGUUAACUUCUUCCAUCAAAGCAGAAAUAAUUUUUUAAUUUUUUUCUCAUAAGUAGAUUCACCCCUUUGCAUCCUCCGCUCUGCCUCAAUCCUUCUUUGAUUUGCCCUGCUUGGGACCUAUGCCCAAACAGGGCAAAACUCAUCGGUGACGUUGGCAUGCUGGCUGUGGUGCCAGUGUAUCGUCGUCAGGACAGAGUAACGUCACAUCAUUUUGUUAUACUCCCUAGCCAACAUUAAAAAAAGAAAAAAAGAAAAAAGCAGCAUUUAGAGUUCCCAUAGUAACCAUAGUGCAUGCACUGUGGUUGCUAUGGGUAGAGAGCAGAGGGACUGCCUGUAGGAGGUCUUUUCUGCUUUUUCUUGUCAGUCAAUGCUCGGGAUGCCGAGGCAUUGACUGGCAGCUAGGAGGAAAUCCUAUUUUUAAAUAGGCUUUUCUCCUAAUGUAUACAUUUGCUAGCAAAACUGCUAGCCCAAUGUAUCGAUAAAAUCUUAUUCUCAAUCUAAUGAGCAUAAAUUGUUUUGGGGCAUGACUGGUGCUUUUUAAGAAAAUUACAUCAAUAAAAUAGUACUGAGCAGUACAGUAGAAAGCACAGAAACCUCCAUUUUCCAUUUUAGGCACCAUGAAAUGUUAUUGAACAUGUCAUGUUCUGUAAAGUUUUUGGACUUCGCACAUGUAGGAUUAAAAACUGUAAAACAAACAGGCUUAUUUGGUGCCUACUAUGUAGGCAGUAAAUCUGCUGCCAGGUUGAAUCAAUACAUUAUCUUUGUGCAAAACAAAGUCAAACAUAAAUUCAACAACUGAAUUGUGGAGCGCAAUUCAAUAAAUCCUGAGGCACGAAAUUGAUCUCCAAAUAAAUAUUGACCCAUUGGCUGCUUAAGCACCCACUGGUAAAUAAUAAAUUAUCUAAUGAUCAGGAGGAGGCAGGAAUGGCUUGUUUUAUAUUCACCUCACAGUGCUGAAUGAAGGAAUGAAGACAAAAGUGGGUUUUUGUAUCCCUCGUGCCCAUUGUAACUAUGAGGGGAGAGCCCCAGCCUCUUUUUUUUUUUUUUCAAAAAGUGAAUAUAUGAUUGUUCUUAGCAGAGGCCUUCAAAUAACCAAGGCUGCCAUGCAAAACAUACCUCUUAUUCUUGGAAUGGGUAAACUUGCCACAUUCACCUAUAAUAUGGGCAUCACCCAUUAACCCCUUAAGGACCGAUGACUGUUGAGGACCAGUGACGGUCCUGAACCGUCAUAACGGUAUUGGGGUGCUUACCUGAUCACCACCGUUACCCCAGCAGCGAUCAGCGUUUCGCUUGGUCUGGGGGGACUGCCUGUCUGCCCAGACAGUCUCCCCGCGGCCACGUGAUCGCUCGAUCACAUGGCCGCAAUAGGUAACUGUAUAUCUGCCUGCAGGGGGACUGCCUGUGUUUACAUACUGUCCAUUAUCACCUGUAAUGGCAGUCCCUCAGAUGGCCACUAGAGGUGCUUCGUGGGCCACUGCUGCACAGUGGUUAGAAGAGAGCAGAUCAGUGGUUCAUUACAGGAUGUUCUGUUUGGACAUGCAUAAGUGAUAACGGGGUGCAUGUGUGCUAAUCACCAUAAUCCUCCAACAUGUUUUUUUCAUAGAGAAGGUCUGAAUUCAAUGCCUCUCUAUGAGAUGCAUUUGUGUGUGAUGACAACGAAUGCAUAGACAUUCAAGAGGGUUGGAGAAAGUGCUUCUAAUUGCUCAAAUAACUUAUAAUCACUGCUAUAUUUUGUACAUUGGAUAAACAGAACAAAACACAGAGGUAAAUAAAUUAAAGCAAACCGUAAGAAAAAGCCACUUUUUGCAACUUUCUUUAAAUAUAAUGGAGAGAAAAAAAUAAAUGUGAGUUUCCCCACUGUUGUGGGUGUGUAGUUUUCACAAACCAUUGUGUUGGGAUAGGUGGGAUAGGGGCCUUACCACAUGCUCCUGCAUGCUUCUAGAUCCCAAGAGGGACACUUUCAUUUUAAGAGUGUGAGUGGCCUGGAGCAGGACUGUCCUGAGAUAUUUUAGGUGAUUUACUAAUAUGACAAUUUAUACAAUAAAAUGUAAGACAAAACUGCAACAUUUCAUAUCUACACAAACUGAUUUCUAAACACAUUCAUUGCAGUUUAGACUAUUACUGAGAUGCACCAACAAUACUGAGCUUUUAAAAGAGAGGGACAGAAGGAUUUGGGCCUAAAAUAAGCACUACCCCUUAUAAAUGGGGACACUUGGGAGUUAUGCUCCGGAAUGUCCCUUGAGUUGUGUCAAGCUGCUCGAGAACAGGUUGAAUGGUACCAGGGGGGAAAACAGACCAAUUUAAUAAGAGAGGAUCAUGUAUGUACUGGACUAAAAAGGAAAUCUAAAAAAUUAUCUUUCAUUAAAGUAAAACUCUGGAGCAGCUGCAAUCAUUUACUUAGUUAAUAAAUGUAGGUUUCCUUUUAAAGAUAUAUUAAUCAUUCAUGUUCUAAUAAAGCCCAGUUUAUAAUCUUGGUAAAUAAGAAAUGAUAUGAAUGCAGUAAAUAUAUAUCAUUUCUAAUUAUAUGUUUUUCUCUUCUCUUUUUCAUUCCAGCAUCAUGGCUUGACAGUGGUCUAGUGAACAGCUAGAAUGACGUGAUUGGACAGAAUUACAAAUAUGAUAAAAUUGAGGCCUUUCAGGAUACUCCGGUUUUUAACAUUUUCAACCAAUAAUCAUGUUUACUUUUAAAUUUGUAUCUAUAAAGUACCAUUGCACUUAUUUCUCUUCAUCCAAGUGAACAGCGGAAUCCUUAAAGAGGAGUGUCCACAUUAGAAGGAAAUGCAGUCUAAAAGAAAAACUAAAAUGUAACAAAAACAAUAUAGCAAUCGGAAUCAAAUGCAAGGAUGUGCUGGCACUGACUGGCAUAUCAUGCAAAUUUCAAAAUGUCUGUGACCUUGCAGUGACUCAUGGUAAAAUGAUGCCCAACCAGGUGUCACUGAUGUGUUUGUAUAACUUACCCCAGUACAACUUCUAUAGUGUUUACUGGGGAUGGACAAUCGAGAAACGAUCAUAGAUGUAAAGGGGGCAAGCUGUCUAACAAGAGAAACCAGUCUUUCAGGGAUUUUUUACAUUAGCAUACUUUAAAAACAAAGAGAACAUUAUUUGCCCUCUACUAAGUUUUAUUUGGAAUUUAAAACAGGUAAUAUGGCUGUCUUUUACUUUAGACAAUAUAUAUGGGAAGGCUCAACCGGCCUUUAAAUACACAGGCCUCCCCUUCCUCUGGGCCGAUACUUCUUGAUUCAGCCCACCCUCCACUCCCUUUAUCAAGCCAUUUAAUUUUGGUGGGCCCUCUUUUUACAGGCCUAUCCAAGCAUUGGUUUCGCCACACCACAACAGACUUACACCACGUCUACUAUAUCUCGGCUUAUUGUCCCUGACCACAAAUAUAUAUAUAUAUAUAUAAAAAUAUAUGUAUACAUACACACAUUUUUUACAGAAAUGAAUUAAAAUCCAGUCUUGUAUCAUAUAAAAUGUGUCACCAUUAUCAAUCUAGAUAUUCCAUAUUUUAGAUAGUAUACUUGGGUGUGAAUUCCUUUUCUUCAGAAGGAAUUCCUGAAUUUGGACAUUAAUGGGGACUCCGGUGAGACUCGUCUGACCUCUGCAGGAACACUCUGGUGCUACACUGAAAAAAACAAAAACAAAAAACCUACAGAUCUUACCAGUGACUCUGGCCUAUUCAAGGUGCCCAAUAAUGCAAUAUCUGCGGUUUAGCUACUCAAACACUAAAUAAACAUGGGCAGAAUUAUUAACUAUAAUGCGAAUGGCCAUGGACUGACAAAUUAAUUGUACAUUUUAGAUCAAAGUAGACAAACUGUAAAUAAAUCUGCAAUCAAACUAUAUUUCCAAAUCACCUAUUUUGAACUAAAAUUGGGACUUCCUAGUGAAUUCCCAGCAAUUCACUCAGAAUAGUGGUAUAUUUACUACACUUCAAGUGAUUCACUAAACUGGAAUUUAUUGGGACCUGACCAAAGGAUCAACAUAUCCAAGCUGCCAAUUUAGAGUAUUUUACUAAUUCUGGUAUUUUGAUCUAACAUUUGUAAUUCCUUUGUCCGAGCGCUCAUUGUUAGUGUAUUGAUCACAGUCUAGGGAAAUAAGCUCCGUAGUGCUCUGAAAGGCACAAUAAAACACAUACUUCAAUGAGUUCAGGCAAACAAUCACCAUUCAUUUUUCUAAAACAAUGAAUUUCGAAUAUUGAUCAUCAAUAAAAUAAAUCAGUACAUAGAUUUCAAAACAAUACAAUUAACCAUACUACAGAUUUUGAACUUCAUGAAAAUGUUUUUCUUUUUAAUACACUAGAUUCCUUCUUAUAAUUAUAAUAAUAAAAAAAUCUAAAAGCAGUGAAAAUAAAUUAGAAGUAAAAUGAAUUAUGUCUCGCUCUGGCAAAUAAGACUCCGUAAAUAAAUAAAAGUGCAGUUCUCGGGCAAUACCUAUUCAAUUUAAUUGUACACGUUGGGAUGAAAUUUUGCAAAUAGUUUUUCUUACCUGGUCAUCGGGUGCUGAUCUUUGUCUCUCCUCUUCCUAUAUGAAGAGCUGGAAGUUUUUCCCAGGAGCUUCUGUUGGCUCUCCUGAACUACGCCCUGCAGUGCAUGGGGUCUCAUUUGCUCAGAAUGUCAGUUGAUCACUCUCAGCCAAUGAGCUAAGCCCUGCACUGUCAGGUUUCGCUCUGGAAGAUACCUUCAGCUGCAGAAAUGCAGGGUCAAACCGUUCGCAAACAAUUCUACUACAUACAUUGGAAGAUACUCCAAGCAUCAUAACAACUAUGCUAUGAUGUAGUGUUUAUUGUGUCCCCUCCCCCCCCUUACCACUUUACUUAUUUGUAUUAUUUGGGACACAAUGAGCAGUGGAUACUGAGGUUUUACUGUAAUAAGAAAAUUAAGGUGAAUUUUAGAGAACGAAAUUGAGUGACUGCAAAAUAUACAAAGAAGUUGCAAUGUAAUAGUGCUGCGUUAAAGGACCACUAUAGGCACCAAGACCACACCAGCUUAAUGAGGUGGUCUGGGUGCCUGGUCCAUCUAGGGUUAACACUUUUUUCUAUAAACAUAGCAGUUUCAGAGAAACUGCUAUGUUUAUGUUAGGGUUAAUCCAGCCUCUAGUGGCUGUGUCAUUGACAGCCGCUAGAGGGCUUCCGCGUUUCUCACUGUGAAAAUCACAGUGAGAAGACGCCAGCGUCCAUAGGAAAGCAUUGUGAAUGCUUUCCUAUAGACUGGCUGAAUGCGCGCGCAUUCAGCCGAAGAGGAGGAGAGCUCACAAUUCUGAAGCCUUCCAUUCCGGUCUAGAAAUAACCCCUUCUUCUCCAUCCAGCCCGGCGGGAGGGGGACCCAGAGGGUGCCCCACUAUAGUGCCAGGAAAACAAGUAUGUUUUCCUGGCACUAUAGUGGUCCUUUAAGCACAGUUGAAGUUUUAUUGUGAUUUGAACUUGGCUCAUAUAACAAGUUUUAGUCAUUUAUUCAGUGACAUAUACGUUUACAAAAUUGUUCCUUAAAUUACUUUCUUAGAAUGCAUUGAUAAAAUAGGAUUGAAAUGAUCCAGAAUGGACAAACAUAUGAUUCACAAUUCUAUACAUCGUGAUAUUCAAGGUGUCCUUAGUGGUUUUUUUAAAACAAAUAUUACAUAAAAAUGAAUUAAAAAGCAGAAAAAAACCAAAACAUUUUCCUUGCAUUUUUUUAUAUAGAUGGAAUUAUUCUUGCAUUUUGGAUUGGUUUGGUGCUUUUUUACUGUGAAUAUGUAAAUAUAAAUAAAGGGAUUUUAUUUCAAAA